CUGCCAGCUCUGAGCAGAGUCAGCGUUCCCGGCCUGGACGCCUCGGCUGGAGGAACUGCUGUCAGGAGGAAAAAACAAAACUACAGCUCUCACUGUAGUUUUGUUUUUUUGAGUUUGGGGUUCCUUCGAGGCUCAACGUUUCUCCUUCUGGAUUCUGUGACUAAACUUUCUGGAUAAAGAGAUUUUUGAUUUCCUGACGACAGCCCUCCCCUGGGCAGCCUAGGCAUCCUUGUGCACACAAGGUGCCGACCAACAUGUCAACACAGGCGCCGACGUUCACGCAGCCGCUGCAGAGCGUCGUGGCAUUAGAGGGUAGUGCCGCGACGUUCGAGGCUCAAGUUAGUGGUUCUCCAGUUCCUGAGGUGAGCUGGUUCCGUGAUGGCCAGGUUCUUUCCGCCGCCGCUUUGCCCGGCGUUCAGAUCUCGUUCAGCGACGGCCGCGCUGUUCUGAGGAUCCCCGCUGUGACUGCCGCACACAGCGGAAGAUUUUCUGUCAGGGCCACCAACGGCGCUGGACAAGCCACGAGCACCGCCGAACUCCUUGUUACAGCCGAGACGGCGCCUCCAAACUUCCUACAGAGACUGCAGAGCUCCUCAGUGAGACAGGGCAGCCAGGUGAGGCUGGACGUCAGAGUCUCAGGUAUCCCAACACCUGUGGUGAAGUUCUACAGAGAGGGAGCCGAGAUCCAGAGCUCAGCUGACUUCAGGAUCCUCCAGGAGGGAGACCUGUACAGUCUGCUGAUUGCUGAGGCCUUCCCAGAGGAUUCUGGGACAUAUUCUGUGACCGCCACCAACAGCAGCGGACGAGCCACCUCCACUGCUGAGCUGUUGGUUCAGGGUGAAGAAGCUGUACCUACUAAGAAAACUAAGACGAUUGUGUCCACAUCCCAGAUGGCUGGGUUGGCUUCCCAAACCAGAGUUCAGAGGAAGAUGGAGUCCAGUUUCCAAGCCACCACUAUGAUGGAGAUGCAGGUCGAAGGAGGAAUGAUGACUCAGCAGUUGGCUCACAAAACCCCUCCCCGGGUUCCCCCAAAGCCGACCUCCAAGUCCCCACCGUCCUUCAUCACCAAGGUGACAGGAGGACGCCAGCAGUCACCUUCACCCGUCAGACACGUGAAGGGACCGACGCCCGCACCUGUUAGACCCGUCUCCCCCACCACCAGACUGUCCUCUAUCUCUCCCAUCAGACCGGUCAAAUCUCCCGUCAUGUCCAGGAAACAGGUGUCCGCCUCUCCAGAGGUCCUGCCGCCCUGGAAGCAGGGAGACUACAUGGCUGAAGCCAGCUACACCACUAUGACCAGCAUGACCAGUGUGAGCAGCGCUGCCCAGCUUCAUAUGGAGAAGCACUGGGAGCAGCAGGUCACCGGCAGCAGAGAGGAGGCGGCUGCAGUUCCCACCAGAGCACAAGAGGCUGUUGUUCCUCCCACUCUGAUCGCUGGCCUCAAGAAUGUGACAGUGACGGAGGGCGAGUCAGUGACACUGGAGUGUCAGAUCAGCGGUCACCCCGCUCCCACCAUCAUGUGGUUCAGAGAGGACUACAAAAUUGAGAGCUCCAUUGACUUUCAGAUCACCUACGUGAGUGGAUUUGCCCGGCUGGUGAUCCGCGAGGCGUUCGCCGAAGACAGCGGGCGCUUCACCUGCACCGCCACCAGCGAGGCAGGCACUGUCAGCACCUCCUGCUACCUGCUCGUCAAAGUGUCAGAAGAGAUCGAGAGCAGAGAGGAAACGACUGUCACUGAAAUUGGAAUCACUCAAGAGAAAACUAUUGCCAUGGAGACAAAGGAAAGGGUGGUGACGGAGGUGAGUACAGGAGAGACUGCCGCCCCCUUCUUCAUCAAGAAACCGACCGUCCAGAAGCUGGUGGAGGGAGGAGGUGUCGUGUUCGAAUGCCAGGUUGGAGGAAAUCCCAAACCUCAUGUCAUCUGGAAGAAGAGUGGUGUGCCGCUCACUACUGGAUACAGAUACAAAGUUGCCUACAACAGGGAGACCGGAGCAUGCAAACUGGAGAUCUCCAUGACCUUUGCUGAUGAUGCUGGAGAAUACUCCAUCUUUUUGAAGAAUCCACAUGGAGAAGCCUCAGCCUCCGCUGGCCUGCUGGAGGAAGAGGAAUAUGAAGCCUACAUGAAGCAACAUGACGUGACAUACAAAACUGAAGUGACAACAACAACCACAGUGGUUCAGGAGCCCUCUGUGGUCAUGACUGAAUAUGAGAUGGAACACAAGAGAGUAACCACCCCGAUGAGCUAUGUCUCAGAAACGGAAUUUCUAAUUUCAGCCUUUGAAGAGAGGAUCAUCCAUGAGAUCGAGCUGCGUAUCAUGAUGAUUACCUACAUACAGCUGGUGACAGAGGACGGAGAGGUGGCGGUGACUGUAGCAGAAGAGGAGGCAGUUCAGCCGACCUUCGAUACGCCAGUCAAAAACUACAGGAUUAUGGACGGAAUGGGCGUCACUUUCCACUGCAAGAUGGGUGGAAACCCACUGCCAAAGAUUGCUUGGUACAAAGAUGGCCAGCGCAUCAGGCCUGGUGGCCGUUACCAGAUGGAGGUCCUUCAGGAUGGACGAGCCAGCCUUCGUGUGCCUGUGGUUCAACCAGAGGAUGAGGGCGUGUACACUGCCUUCGCUACCAACAUGAAGGGAAAUGCCGUCAGCUCUGGAAAGCUCUAUGUAGAGCCUUCCGGAACUGUAACACCUCAGAGAUACACACCACAGCCAGCGAUGCAGAGGAUCAGGUCCACAUCUCCUCGUUCUCUGAGCCGCUCACCUGGACGUUCUCCCAGCCGUUCUCCAGGACGCUCUCCGGCCCGCCGCCUUGACGAGACAGAUGAGGCUCAGCUGGAAAGACUCUACAAGCCUGUCUUUGUCAUGAAACCUUCCUCUAUAAAAUGCUCCGAGGGGCAAACCGCCAGAUUCGACUUAAAGGUUGUUGGCAGACCAAUGCCCGACACAUACUGGUUCCACAAUGGACAACAAGUGGUCAAUGACUACACCCACAAGAUAGUGGUUAAAGAGGACGGUGUCCAGUCCCUGAUCAUUGUCCCAGCCAUGCCAAAAGACACUGGAGAGUGGACAGUCGUUGCUCAGAACAGAGCUGGACGGACUUCUGUCUCUGUAACUCUUAAUGUUGAUGCUCGAGAAAGCCUGGCGCGCCCUCAGUUUGUUGAGAAGUUGAAGAACAUCACUGUGAAGCAGGGCACACUGGUUGAGUUGGCUGUCAAAGCCAUUGGAAACCCCCUGCCUGACAUCGUCUGGCUGAAAAACAGUGACAUUAUCACCCCACAGAAGCACCCACAUAUCAAGAUUGAAGGAACUAAAGGAGAGGCCAAAUUCCAGAUCCCAUCUCCUUCAGGCUCAGACAGUGCCUGGUACACAGCUACAGCCAUCAACAAGGCUGGCAGAGACACCACUCGCUGCAGAGUCAAUGUUGAGGUGGACUUUGCUGCUCCUCAAGCUGAGAGGAAGCUCAUUAUUACCAAAGGAAUAUACAAGGCAAAGGAGAUUGCUGCUCCUGAGUUGGAGCCCCUUCAUCUCCGCUAUGGUCAAGAGCAGUGGGAGGAGGGUGACCUUUACGACAAAGAGAAGCAGCAGAAACCACAGUUUAAGAAGAAGCUGACCUCUAUCAGAAUGAAGCGCUUUGGUCCAGCUCAUUUUGAGUGCAGACUGACCCCUAUUGGUGAUCCUAACAUGGUAGUGGAGUGGCUGCAUGAUGGCAAACCUCUGGAAGCUGCUAAUAGGUUGCGCAUGGUAAAUGAAUUUGGCUACUGCAGUCUUGACUAUGAAGUUGCUUACGCCAGAGACAGCGGCGUCAUCACCUGCAGAGCCGUUAACAAAUUUGGAGUCGACCAGACCUCGGCCACCCUGAUUGUUAAGGAUGAGAAAGGCCUUGUUGAAGAAACACAGCUUCCUGAAGGCAGGAAGGGACUGCACAGAAUGGAUGAGAUCGAGCGCAUAGCACAUGAAGGAGGACCUACAGGAGUCACCACUGAUGAAGAAUAUGAGAAGACCAAACCUGAGAUUGUUCUUCUUCCUGAAUCAGCAAGAGUGCUGGAAGGCGACAUUGCACGAUUCCGCUGUAGAGUGACCGGCUAUCCAGCACCCAAGGUUAACUGGUACCUCAAUGGGCAACUCAUUCGCAAAAGCAAGAGAUAUAGACUUCGUUAUGAUGGUAUUUACUACUUGGAGAUUGUUGACAUCAAGUCCUAUGACUCAGGAGAGGUCAGGAUUGUCGCAGACAAUCCUCUGGGCACAACUGAGCACACUGUGAAGCUGGAGAUCCAACAGAAAGAGGACUUUAGAUCUGUCCUUCGCCGUGCUCCAGAGCCGAAGGCUGCAGAGCCUCCACAUGACCCUGGCAGAAUGGGAUUUGACGUUGUGAAGGCCGACCGACCUGCAGAGGCCGCACAGGACAGGGAAGUUGUUAAGCUGCGUAAGGCACAGAGAAUUGUUCAUGAGAAAACCUCAGAGGAGUCAGAUGAACUGAAGAGCAAGUUCAAGCGCAGGACAGAGGAAGGUUUCUAUGAGUCCAUCUCUGCUGUGGAGUUCAAGUCUCGUAAGAGAGAUGACUCCUAUGAGGAUCUACUGAAGAAGACUAAGGAGGAGCUGCUUCAUCACUUGAAAGAGAAAGAAGAAGCUGAAAGGAAGAGGAUAGAGGAACAAGGCCAAAUCACCAUCCCCACUAUCAAACCUGAGAGGAUCCAGCUGUCCCCCAGCAUGGAAGCACCCAAAAUCCUGGAACGCAUCACAAGUAAGACAGUUGCUCCAAUGGACGAGGUUCGUUUCCGACUCAGAGUUGUGGGCAGACCCGAACCUGAAUGCCAGUGGUUCAAGAACGGCAUUCUGGUGGAAAAGUCUGACCGUAUUUACUGGUACUGGCCUGAGGAUCAUGUGUGUGAACUGGUGAUCAGAGAUGUCACAGCAGAGGACUCUGCCAGCAUCAUGGUUAAAGCCAUGAAUAUCGCUGGAGAGGCCUCAAGCCAUGCCUUCCUGCUUGUGCAAGCCAAGGCAGCAAUCAGCUUUACUCAAAACCUGGAGGAUGUAAGUGCAAAUGAGAAAGACACCAUGGUGACUUUUGAGUGCGAAACCAACGAACCUUUCGUCAAAGUCAAAUGGCUCAAGAACGACAUGGAGAUCUUCUCCGGAGAGAAAUACAGAAUGCACUCGGACAGAAAGGUCCACUUCCUGUCUGUGCUGAUGAUUGAAAUGAGGGACGAUGCCGAAUACACUUGUGUGGUUGUGGAUGAUGAGAGCAUCAGGACGAGUGCAAGGCUUUACGUAGAAGGUGCAGCCCUGGAGCUCGUAAAGCACAUGGAGAACAUAGAGGUGCCAGAGACCUACGCUGGAGAGUUUGAGGUUGAACUGUCUCGUGAGGACGCUGAGGGCAUCUGGUACUUCGGAGACAAGGAGCUCUCUCCCAGUAGUAAAUACAUUAUGUCCUCUCGCCGAGGAAGACAAACCCUGACAAUCAAGGAUAUCAGAAAAGGAGACCAAGGGAAAUAUACCUUUGUGUGUGGAGAUCUGAUGACCAGCGCCUCACUGAAGAUGAAAUUGCGCCCGGUUACCUUGGUUCAACCCUUGACUGACCUCACAGUGUGUGAGGGUGACAUCGCUCAGCUGGAGGUCAGGUUCUCCCAGGAGAAUGUUGAGGGAACCUGGAUGAAGAAUGGACAGGCCAUCUCCGCCUCGGACCGUGUCCACAUCGUUAUCGACAAACAGGUUCACAAGCUGUUGGUGGAGAAUGUCAGCAGAGAAGAUGCUGCUUCCUACUCUUUUGUUGUUCCUGCCCAAGACAUCUCCACCUCGGGAAAACUCAGUGUUCAAACAAUUGACAUCGUGGUCCCACUGAAGGACGUGUCCUCCAUCGAAGGCACCAAGGCUGUUCUGGAGGCCAAGAUCUCCGCUCAGGAUGUCAGUUCAGUCAAAUGGUAUCACAACGACAAACUGGUGAUGCCCAGUGACCGAGUCCAGAUUUUGGCGAAGGGAGCCAAGCAGCGUAUGGUCUUCACCAGGACUUACGCCUCUGAUGAAGGACGUUACAAACUAGUGGUUGGCAAGGUCGACACUAGCUGCAGCCUGUCUGUCGAAAAGGUACACAUUGUGAAGCACAUGGAAGACAAAGUGUGCUCAGAGUCCCAGAAUGUAACCUUUAAUGUCGAGGUUUCUCACCCGGGUAUCGACCCGGCCUGGACUUUCAAGAACCAGCAGCUCAAACCUGGACCCAAAUACAAGAUGGAGUCCAAGGGCAAGGCUCACUCUCUGAUGGUCAUCGACACCAUGAAGGAUGAGGAGGGCCAGUACAUGUUUUAUGCCGGUGAAAAGACAUCCAGCGCCAAGCUCACUGUGUCCGGUGGAGCCAUCACACGUCCCCUGCAUGACUUGACGGUGGCGGAGUCUCAGACAGCUGUGUUUGAGUGUGAAGUCGCCAAUGCCGAAGCUGAGGGCAAAUGGAUGAAAGAUGGUCAUCAUGUGAACUUCAGUGACAACGUGGUGAGCGAGAUGGACGGGGCCGUCAGACGCCUCGUCAUUGUCAUCACGAGACCACAGGAUGUCGGGGAGUACACCUACCAGGUGGCCAACUCCAAGACCACCGCCAACCUCAGGGUGGAGGCGGUGAAGAUCAAGAAAACUCUAAAGAACCAGACUGUGACAGAGACCCAGGAGGCGGUGUUCACACUGGAGCUCACACACCCCGAUGUGAAAGGAUCCCAGUGGGUCAAGAGUGGCGUGGAGCUGCAGAACAGUGACAAAUACGAGAUCACCACCGAUGGCAUGGUGCACACACUGAGGGUCAAGAACUGCAACACACAGGACGAGGCUGUUUAUUCCUUCAAACUUGGAAAACUGUCUGCCAACGCCAGACUCAAUGUUGAGACAAUCAAAAUUGUGAAGAAGAUAAAGGACGUGAAAUCACUGCUGGAAGGCACCGCCUCCUUUGAGUUGAGCCUGUCACAUGACAACAUCCCCGUCAGGUGGAUGUUUAAAGGCGUAGAGCUGAAGCCGAGCGACAAGUGCAAGAUUCUGUCUGAGCGGAAAGCUCACAAACUGAUCCUGCAGAACGUCGACAGCAGCAAUGCAGGAGAGUACACCGCCAUGGUCGGACACCUGCAGUGCAGCGCCUCGCUCUCUGUGGAGGCCCUGCGAGUCACCAAACCGCUGAAGAGCAUUGAGGUCCCAGAGACCCAGACGGCCACGUUUGAGUGUGAGGUUUCUCACUUCAACGUGCCUUCCACCUGGCUGAAAGACGGCGUGGAGAUCGAGAUGAGCGAGAAGUUCAGGAUCGUGGUUCAGGGAAAACUGCACCAGCUGAAGAUCAUGAACACCAGCAGGGACGACUCGGCAGAGUACACCUUCAUCUGCGGGAAUGACCGAGUCUCUGCAACGCUCACCGUUAGCCCCGUGCUGAUCACGUCCAUGCUGAAGGACCUGAACGCUCAGGAGCGAGACACCAUCACCUUCGAGGUCACCGUCAACUACGAGGGCAUCACCUACAAGUGGCUGAAGAACGGCGUGGAGGUGAAGUCGUCGGACAGAUGUCAGGUCCGCAGCCGGCAGCUCACGCACUCCCUUUCCAUUCGGAAUGUUCACUUCGGGGACGGAGGAGAGUACCAGUUCGUGGCAGGAUCUGCUGCCACUGCCGCCAACCUGUUUGUUGAAGCCCGUGUGAUUGAAUUCACCAAGAAAAUCAAGGACAUUAAGAUCACAGAGAAGAAGAAGGCGAUUUUUGAGUGUGAGGUUUCUGAGCCGAACAUUCAGGUGAUGUGGAUGAAGAAUGGUCAGGAGCUGGACUUGUCUGAGGAGAGGUACACUGUGACAGCAGAGAAGUUUGUUCAUCGUCUGAUGGUCCAGACGGUUCGUAUGUCUGAUGCCGGAGAGUAUUCGGUGGUUGCCGGAUCAAGCAUCUCCAAGGCUCAGCUGAUCGUGGAGGGCCGCGACAUUCGCAUCUCCGAACCUGCAGAGCGGGAAAUCACGGUUCUGGAGAGACACCGAGCAACCUUUGAGUUCGAGGUGAACGAGGACGACGUGGAGGGUCGCUGGCUGAGGAACGGGGUGGAGAUCCAGUUCUCUGUGGAGGAGAGGUUCAACUACGUGACCAUCAGGAAGAUACACCGGCUCACCAUCUCUGAGACCUAUAGGAGCGACGCCGGCGAGUACACCUUCAUCGCUGGCAAGAACAGGAGCACCGUGCACCUCCGAGUCAACCUCCCGGAGCCUCCUCAGAUCCUCCGCCACAUGGAACCCCAGUCGGUGGAGGCCGGUAAACCUGCUCGCUUCUCGGUGGAGGUCAGCGGCGUUCCCCAGCCUCAGGUCUUCUGGUACAAAAACUCCCAGGCUCUGUCCCCUGGCUUCAAGUGUAAGUUCCUCCACGACGGCAACGAGCACUCGCUGCUGCUGAUCGAAGUGUUCCCCGAGGAUGCCGCCGUCUACAACUGCGAGGCCAAGAACGACUACGGCACCGCCACAAGUACCGCAUCGCUCAACGUGGAAGUGUCUGAGGUGGUGUCUCCAGACUCAGCUGCACCUGUCGCACCUCCUGUCGUCAUCUCACCCAUCACCAGCACCUCCACCCGUGAGGGACAACCAGCUCGCUUUCAGUGCAGAGUCCGCGGAGACGAUGUGAAGAUCAGGUGGUACCACGGAGAGAAGGAGAUCAAGCAGUCGGUCUUCUUCAGGAUGUCUCAGUUUGACGACAGCUGUCAGCUGGAGAUCUCCAGGGUUUACCCCGAGGACGAGGGCGAGUACACCUGCGUGGCCACGAACAACGCUGGACAGGUGUCCUGCUCUGCCACUCUCUCAAUUGACGUACCUGUGACUCACGUGAGAGAGCAUAUCGAAGCCAAGAUUGAGGAAGAAGUCAAAGUGCCACCUGUCUUCAGGCAAAGAAUCACACCUUUGGAGAUCAACGUCGGCGGCCAUGCCAAGUUCGAGUGUGAAAUCGAAGAUGCUCCGAGUGUGACCUUCAAAUGGUACAAGUCUGGCAUUGAGAUCAAGCAGAGCGAGAAGUACAGGAUCCUCAGUCGCCACACCAGCUCCUCCCUGGAGCUCCUGAACCCGGUCAAAGCCGACAGCAGUGAAUACACCUGCAAGGCUUCAAACCAGCAUGGCACUGACAGCUGCACCGCCUCACUCGUCGUCACCGAAAUGUACCCGCCGGUAUUUGUAUCAAAACCAGACCCAAUGACUUUAUAUGUGGGAAAACAAGCUGUGUUCCAGUGCUCACUCACUGGAUCCUCGCCCAUGGAAGUUGUCUGGCACAAGGACAACAUAGCCAUCUCCUCCGAAGGAAACUAUGUCAUGAAAUGUGAAAAGAACAAGUAUUCGCUUUACAUUAAAAGUCUUGAUGUGACUGACCAUGGAGUGUACCUGUGCAAGGCCUCCAACAGUGUUGGCACUGCUACCUUUACUACAGAGCUCAAGGUUAUCAACAAGCCCAGCUUUGUUAAGACCAUUGAGCCAGCGUCAGUUGCUGUCAAUGACCCUCUGAGGCUGGAGUGCCAGGUGGACGAGGACACUGGUGUGACCGUCACCUGGACCAGAGAUGGCAAAAAAGUCCACCAGAGCAUGGAUUGUAAAGUGUCCUUUGAGGACAAGGUGGCUGUUGUUGAGGUUCCCAAGUCCAAACUGAAGGACUCUGGGAAAUAUGUGUGCACAGCCACGAAUGAGGCUGGGAGCUCAUCCUGUGAGGCUGUGGUAACAGUUCAAGAGCCCCCUACCUUUGUUAAGAAAAUGGAGCCUAAGAUUACAUGGAAACAAGGCAUAGCUGCACGCUUACAGUGUUCGGUUAAAGGAUCGCCUGAACUUCAUAUCCACUGGUUCUGGAAUGAGAGAGAGCUUAGUGAUGGAGAGAAAUAUAAAAUCUCUUUCAAGAGUGGAGUUGCUUCUUUGGAAAUAAUGAACCUCGUGGUCACAGACAGUGGCAGUUACACCUGUGAGGUGUCAAAUAACGCUGGCAGCGAGAGCUGCAGCACCCUUAUCGCUGUUAAAGAGCCACCAUCCAUUAGAAAAGAGCUGCAGACAGUAGAGGCGGUAAAGGGAACAGCAACUCAGCUGGAGUGUGAGAUCAUGGGAACAGCUCCUUUUGAAAUUAGCUGGUUAAAGAAUAAGAAAGCCAUCUCCAGUGAUCAGAAAUAUAAAAUAAUCUCUGAAGAUUCCUUGUCAAGGCUGGAGAUCAAGACGUUUGACAGUACAGAUGUUGGAGAUUAUCAGUGUGUCAUAUCCAAUGAUGUGGGGAAAGUCACCACGAAGGCCUUGGCUAAACUUAAAGAGCCACCAACUUUCACAAAGAGGGUUGAGAGUGCGACAGCAGUGCUGGGAAAUACGGUAAAACUGCAGGCGACCCUUAGGGGCUCAGCUCCCAUCACUGUUAAAUGGAUGAAAGACUCUGAAAUAAUGAGAGAUGACGAUUCAAAUAUCAAGAUGGUGUUUGAGAACAAUGUUGCUAGCUUGACGAUAUCAACAGUGGCCAUCAGCCACGGUGGCAAGUAUUCGUGCCAAGCUGAGAACGAGGCUGGCCAACAAAAAUGUGAAGCUACCUUGACCGUGCAAGAACCUGCCAGAAUCGUAGAACCUGCAGAGUCCAUUAGUGUGACUGCAGGUGAUUCAGCCACAUUGGAGUGCACAAUUUCGGGAAGCCCAGAGCUUAAAGUGAAGUGGUUUAAAGACGGGAAGGAGAUGAUCAGUGGCCGGAAAUACAAGAUGACUCUGAAGGACAAUGUUGCCACCAUGAAGAUUCUUACAGCAGAGAGAGGAGACACUUCAGAGUACAAGAUGGAGGUGUCGAAUAAAGUUGGGAAAGCCGAGUGCACGUGCUCAGUCACGGUCUUAGAUCGGAUAAUGCCCCCAACUUUCACCAAGUCCCUGAAAAGAGUUGAUGGUAACAUUGGUAAUGACAUCUCCAUGGAGUGUAAACUGUCUGGGUCCCAACCCAUGACCAUAGCUUGGUUCAAAGACGACCAGGAGGUCACACCUGGAUCCAAAUUCCAGCCUGAAUUCAAAGAUAACUCUGCUACAAUGAGAAUUGUUCGGCUGGAGAAGGCUGACUCUGGAGUUUACAAAUGCAGAGCCACCAAUUCAGCCGGCUUUAAGGAAACCAGCGGCACACUCUAUGUCAAAGAGCCCCCAGCGUUCACAGUUAAACCAGACAACCAGGAUGUUAUACCAGGAACCACAGUUUCCUUCAGAACUGCCUUCACUGGAACAGCUCCUUUAGCUGUAAAGUGGUUCAGAGAGGAAAAAGAGAUUGUAACUGGAGACUCAUAUUUCAUAAAGAAAGAUGCCUCUUCCAGCUCUUUGGAGCUUCACUCAGUAAAACCCAGUGACUCCUCAAAAUACACAUGCCAAGUAUCCAAUGAUGCUGGGAAGGUGGACUGCACUGCAGUCCUCUUUGUGAAAGAACCUCCUGUGUUUGUGAGGAAGCUUGAGGCGACCAAGCUCAUCACCAGCGGCGACUCUGCCAAGCUGGAGUGCAAAGUGACGGGCAGCCCCGUCAUCAGUUUUACUUGGUUCAAGGAUGCGAUGGAGAUCAGCUCCAGUCCUAAAUACAAAAUGACCGCAAUUGACUUAGUGGCAUCUCUGGAAAUAGUCAACUGUACGGUAGAGGAUAGUGGAGAUUAUGUCUGUGUGGCAUCCAGCGAGGCUGGUAGUGACCGCUGCAGCAGCACAGUUACAGUCAAAGAGCCACCAUUGUUUGUGCGUAGUUUGGAGCCCAAAGAUGUGGUGAAAGGUUCUGAGAUGAUGCUGGAGGGCCAAGUCUCUGGCUCCGCCCCUUUCACUGUGUCAUUUUAUAAAAACACAAAGCCGAUUAGGAAUGACAAGAGACACAGGAUCACGGUUAAAGAUGACCUGAUAGCCCUGCAGGUGCUGGCAGUAGAGGCAGCAGACGUUGGUUUGUACCAAUGUACUGUUGAGAAUGAAGUUGGUGGGGCUUCCUGUGAUUGUCAAGUAACACUCAAAGAACCACCAUCAUUUGUGAGAAAGUUGGAGAACCUCAGUUCCUUGGUUGGCAGCGAAGUUACUCUGCAGUGCGUUGUGAAGGGCUCAGAGCCCAUGACUGUGUCCUGGAUGAAAGACAACCAUGAGCUUAAAGAGGCUGAAAACAUUCAGAUUACAUAUGAGAACAACAAGGCUGUGGUGCACUUUACCAACUUACAUAGCAAACAUGGCGGCAAAUACUCUUGCCAGGCGCACAAUCAGGCCGGGAGCCAGACGUGCUCUGCUGUGUUGACAGUCAAAGAACCAGCGAAGGUCACGGAGGAGGCAAAGUCUAUCAGUGUGACUCAGGGUGAUCCGGCUACACUAGAGGCCAGGUUCUCAGGUACAAAACCACUGAAGGCCAGAUGGCUGAAGGCUGGCAAGGAGCUGACCUCAGGCCUGAGGCACAAAAUACAGAGCACAGACACCAGCUCUGUGCUGAAGAUUAAUAAAACUGAGAAAAGUGACAGUGGUGACUACACCUUUGAGGUUUCAAAUGAUGUCGGACAGAGUUCUUGCGAUGCUACGCUCACCAUUCUCGAUCAAAUUAUUCCACCAUCUUUUACAAGAAAACUGAAGCAGACGGAAGGUAUCAAAGGAUCAUUUGCUCAUCUGGAGUGUCUUGUUUCUGGCUCCCUGCCGAUAACCAUACAAUGGUACAAAGAUGAGAAAGAGAUCCAGACUGACGAAAAACACAAAUGCACAUUCUUUGAGAAUGUUGCUUUCCUGGAAAUCUCUAAUCUUGACAGUAAAGACAGUGGCAGCUAUACCUGCAUUGCUAAAAACAAGGCAGGAACCGUCCAAUGCUCUGGGAUCUUAUUUGUCAAAGAACCACCGUGCAUUCUUGAAAAGCCUGAAUCCAUGAAUGUUUUGCCUGGCUCAAAGGUCCAGUUUAACGUACUGUUCUCUGGCACGCCGCCACUGACCACCAAAUGGUUUAAAAACAAGAAAGAGAUUUUAUCCAGUGCUGACUGUAAUGUGAUCAAAGACAACACCUCAAGCUCACUGGAACUCUUCUUUGCCAAAACUUCAGAUUCUGGAGAAUAUGUCUGUGAAAUACAGAAUGAUGUCGGCGCCACAUCAUGCCAGGCAACACUCUUUGUCAAAGAACCCCCUAAGUUCACACGAACACCAGCUCGUAUGUCUGUGGUCCGUCCUGGUCAGAGUAAAGUGUUUGAGUGCCAGGUGACUGGCACACCUGAGAUAGACAUCUACUGGUUCAGGGAAGGUUCUGAGAUCAGCCCUAGUGACCGAUACAAGAUGGUCUUUGUUAACUCUGUUGCCACUCUGGAAAUCUGUGGGCCUGAUACCAAAGACAGUGGGGUUUACUACUGCGAGGCUCGCAAUGAGGCCGGCAGUGAGAGCUGCAACAUGGAGCUCAAGGUCAAAGAACCACCAUCAUUUAUUAGAGAGCUGGCUCCAGCUGAUGUUGUGAAGGGCUCCAGUGCCUGUUUUGAGUGUCAGGUCGCUGGGACUGGUCCUUUUGAGAUUACGUGGCACAAAGAUGCAAAGGAGAUCAAACCCAGUGCUAAACAUGGCUUCUCCCAGAUGAAUGAAAUUGUGGGUCUAGAGGUGCACAAAUGUGAUGCUGUAGAUGUCGGUGAAUACCAGUGUACUGUUGCUAACGAGGUGGGAAGCUGUACUUGUAAGACUACGCUAAAGCUCAAAGAACCACCAACAUUUACCAAGAGGAUUGAGAACACUGCCACUGUUCUGGGUAAAAAGGCAGAGUUUCAGUGUGUUGUGAAGGGUUCUCCUACUCUCUCUGUACAAUGGCAAAAAGAUGAGAACUGGAUUUUGGAGGAUCCAAAGAUUGAGAGAACAUUUGAGAGCAAUGUGGCAACUCUCAGGAUUCCUGCCUGUGAGGCAACGCACAGCGGGAAAUACACCUGCCAGGUGGUAAACGAGGCAGGGCAGGAUAAGUGCUUUGCCACCCUAACGGUGCAAGAACCUCCUCAGAUCACAGAGAAACCUGAAGUGAUAAAGGUUACAGUCGGAGAUCCAGUCAAUCUGGACUGUAAGGUAACAGGUUCCCCUGAGCUUAAAGUGAAAUGGAUGAAAGGUGGCAGGGAGCUUCAGUCCAUCAGGCAGUACAAGCUGACCUUUGAGAACAACAUCAGCAGCCUAAAGAUUCAGUCCGCUCAGAAAGAGGACGAAGGAGAGUAUCUCUUCGAGGUGGCAAACCACAUCAGUAGCUGCACCUGUAAAGUCAAAGUGAUCGUACUAGAACAAGUAAUUGCACCAAGCUUCAUCAAACCCCUCGUAGACAUGCAAGAGAUUUUGGGCUCCUUUGUUCAUAUAUGUUGCAAAAUAUCUGGUUCCCACCCCAUCACUGUGGAAUGGCAGAAGGAUGGGGCCAAAAUCUCUAGUGGUGUAAAACACAAACUCAUUCAGCAGGACAAUUCUGUGUCAGUUGAAAUCGAACAGCUAGAGAGAUCUGACGCAGGAUCCUACUCUUGCAAACUGACCAAUGCAGCAGGAAGUUGUCAGUGCAGCGGAUCCCUCAUGGUUAAAGAACCUCCCAGCUUUGUGACAUUGCCUGAGUCCCAGGCGGCUCUACCCAACAGCACUGUACGCUUCAAAGGCACAUUUAAGGGAACCCCUCCCUUCACGGUCAAAUGGUUCAAGGAGGACACAGAGCUCAUGACCGGGCCCACUUGUUUCACAGGGCUGGAGGGGCUGUCUUGCUUUUUAGAGCUCUAUUCAGUGGGUGUCACCCAGAGUGGAGUUUACUCUUGCCAAGUCAGUAACGAUGCUGGCUCUGUACGCUGUAGUGCAGACUUGAAAGUCAAAGAACCACCCGAGUUUGUGCUGAAACUCCCUGCCACUAAGUUUGUGAAGCAGGGUGAGUCACUCCGCCUGGAGUGCAAAGUCAGUGGCACAGCCCCUCUGAAAGUGACCUGGUACAAACAUGACACCAAGGUCACAGAUGGGGGCAACUACAGGACAUCAUUUGUUGACUCAGUGGCAGUCCUGGAACUGCUCUCCACCAGCUUUGAUGAUGAUGGAGUUUACACCUGCGAAGCUCAGAAUGAUGCUGGCAGUGUCAGCUGCAGCACCACACUUACCGUGAAAGACCCACCAUCUUUUGUCAAAGUACCUCAGCCCAUUGAAGGGCUUAAGGGUAAGGACGUGAGUCUGUACUGUGAGAUGAGUGGUACAGCUCCGUUCCAGAUCACCUGGUUCAAAGACAGGAAACCUCUGAUGGAAAGCAGGAAGUAUAAGAUGGUGAGUGAGGGCAGCUCGGCUACGCUGCAUGUCAUUGGGAUAGAGCCCACGGAUGCCGGUGAAUACGAGUGCAAAGUGUCAAACAGUGUAGGAAGUGACACCUGCCAGACGUCAGUUAAACUCAGAGAGCCACCGUCGUUUGUGAAGAAACUGUCAAACAUGACAGUGAAUAUGGGAGAGGAGGUGACCCUUGUGGCCACUGUUAAAGGCUCUGAACCCAUUACUGUGUCCUGGGUUCAGGACAAGGAUCACAUUCUCAGGGACGGUGACAACAGGAAAAUCACCUUUGAGAACAACCAGGUCGCUCUUAAAGUGUUUAAGGCUGAUGCAACCACGGCAGGCAAAUACACCUGCCAACUCAGAAACGAUGCUGGGAAUGUGGAGUGUUUCGCUAACUUGACUGUUCUAGAACCCGCUAUGAUCGUGGACAAGCCUGACACUCUGAGCGUGACGGCGGGCGAUAUUGCCGCCCUUGAGGUCAAAGUGCGUGGAACCCCAGAGCUCACACCAAAAUGGUUCAAGGAUGGUGUCGAGCUGGCCUCUGGGAGGAAAUACAAAAUCUCAUUUUCUCAGAUGAUUUCCAGCCUAAAUGUUCUCUCUGCUGAGAAAAUGGACUCUGGAGAAUAUACGUUUGAGGUUAUGAACCAGGUCGGGAAGGACCUGAGUAAAAUUAAUCUCACUGUCUUAGAUAAGAUCAUCCCUCCAAGCUUCUCAAGGAAGUUGAGGGAUUGUCAAACAGUGGUAGGAACAGCCGGAGAGUUGGAGUGCAAAGUGUCGGGCUCCCCACCUUUUACCAUCUUCUGGUACCAUGAUGGGGAGGAGAUUCAGAGCGGACCAAACUAUGAGAUUUCAUUCAGUAGCAACAGCUGCUCACUCAGAGUGGCCACACUGAAGCUGUCCGACUCUGGAGUUUAUAAAUGUAAAGCUGUCAACAAGGCCGGAUCCAGUGAGACCACGGCCUCGCUGGUGGUUAAAGAACCUCCAUCGUUCGUGGUGCCGCCACAGCCGGUGGAAGCCAAGCCCGGCUCUAAUGUGACGUUCUCAGCCAUGGUGAAAGGCAGCGCGCCACUUAAACUGAAGUGGUUCAGAGGAACAAAGGAGAUUAUGCCUGGACAGGGCUGUGAUUUCUCCCUGAAGGAUAACCAAGUUAUUCUGGAGCUCUUCAAAGUGGACAAAUCUCACGCUGGAGAGUACACCUGUCAGAUCAUUAAUGAUGCAGGAAAGGAGAGCUGUCCAGUUAAUCUCACCAUCAAAGAGCCGGCAGCCUUCUCUAAGAAGCUGAAGGACGUGUCAGUGGAGAAAGGCAAACCGUUAACGUUGGAGUGUAAGUACACCGGAACUCCUAAAAUCACAGUGAACUGGUACAAAGAUGGCCAGCAGAUCUUCGCUUCCUACAAAUACAACAUCACCACGACUGAGAACUCCUGCAUCCUUGAGUGUCUGAGCACUGACGACAAGGAGGCCGCCGGAAGAUACUCCUGCGAAGUGUCCAAUGACGCCGGGAAGGACAUGUGUGACGCAGCCGUGUCCAUCCUCGAGCCACCGUACUUCGUGGAGUCCCUGGAGCCCAUGGAGGUAACCUCAGGUGACAGUGUGUGUCUGAAGUGUCAAGUGGCCGGCACACCUGAGAUCAAGGUGUCAUGGUUCAAGGCCGAUGGAAAGGUGCGGUCCAGCCCCACCUGCAAGCUAGAGUACUCCAAGGGCGUGGCCUGUCUGAAGCUCAGCAAAGCCACCAAGGCUGACAUCGGAGAGUAUACCUGCAAGGCAGAGAACAAGAUAGGCUCCGCCUCCUCCACCUGCAAACUCAACGUGCUCGAGGCAAAAACGCCACCAUCCUUCCCGAAGAAGAUCACCAGCCUGCAGCAGACAAAGGGUCAGCCAGUCCGCUUCGAGUGCCGCGUCGCCGGCUCAUCACCCAUCGAGGUGUCUUGGCUGAAAGAUGGCGAGCCUCUGAGACACGGAGGCGAGUUCUCCAUGCUGUACGAUGACAACACGGCUGUGUUGGAGAUCAGCCGCGGCGAGAUGAGGCACUCCGGAGAGUACACCUGUGUGGCCACCAACAGCGUGGGCACCGCCUCCUGCAGAGCCAAGCUCACGCUGCAAGAACCCAGAUACCCGCCAGUCUUUGACAGGAAGUUGGCACCACAGGAGGUGACGGUGGGCGACAGCAUUGAGCUUGAGUGCCACAUGACUGGCUCCACCCCCAUUAAGGUCACAUGGUCCAAAGACCAUAAAGAUAUCCGCUCCGGGGGGAACUAUAAGAUCAGCUGUGUGGAGAACACGCCCCACCUGACCAUCCUGAAGGCAGAUAAAGGUGACACAGGGAGGUACUUCUGUCACGCCUCCAACGACAUGGGCAAGGACUCCUGCUCCUCUGACAUCACUGUCAAAGAGCGUAAAAACCCUCCGGUGUUCACCAAGAAGCCAUCAGAGAACAUUGAGGACAUGGAGGGCAAACUGGUGAAGAUCGAGGGCCGAGUGUCCGGCUCGCAGCCCAUGUCCAUCAGCUGGUUCAAAGACAACACGGAGAUCUACAGCUCCGACAAAUAUGACAUUAGCUUCAAGAGCAACGUGGCCGUGCUGUGCAUCAAGAGCAGCCAGGUGACGGACAGCGGCAGGUAUUCCUGUCAGGCCUCCAACGAGGCUGGAAGAAUUUCCUGUGACGUUGUCGUGGGAAUCUCAGAAGCCAAGAAGCCUCCGGUGUUCGACGUCCCUCUGAAGCCACUGACUGUGGACGAGGGCGAGAGGUUGAGUCUCAGGUGUCACGUCUGCGGAUCUCCACCUCUGAAGAUCCAGUGGAUGAAGGACAGGAAGGACCUGAUGUCCGCUGGCAGCACCAGGAUCAGCUUCUCCGACGGCACGGCCUGUCUGGAGAUCAGCCAGGCCUCCCGACACGACGCCGGAGAUUAUCUCUGCAAGGCCACCAACGAUGCUGGCACCGAGUUCUGCAAGGCUAGAGUCACCAUCAAAGAGAAACCAGGAGCAGCUCCGCCUCCUGCUGAAGCUCCAGCAGCCGCUCCAAUCAAGAAACUGGAGAACCUGUUCUUCAUCCAGGAACCCAAAACUGCGCACGUCACUGAGAAGGGCACCGCCACCUUCAUCGCCAAAGUGGGCGGUGACCCGAUCCCCAGUGUGAAGUGGAUGAAGGGGAAGUGGAGGCAGAUCACUCACGGUGGCCGGAUCUCCAUCGAGCAGAAGGGCCAGGAGUCUAAGCUGGAGAUCAGAGAGGUGACCAAGUCGGACUCGGGUCAGUACAGGUGUGUCGCUUCCAACAAACAUGGAGAGAUCGAGUGCAGUGCUGACAUGCACGUAGAUGAGAAGAAGGAGGUGGCACAGCUGGAGGGAGACCUGCGAGCCAAACUGAAGAAGACACCAUCAAAGCAGAAGAGUCCACAGGAGGAGAAGGACAUCGACAUUGUCGAGCUGUUGAGGAACGUGGACCCCAAAGAGUACGAGAAAUACGCCCGAAUGUACGGCAUCACCGACUACCGGGGCCUGCUGCAGGCCAUCGAGCAGCUGAAGAAGGAGAAGGCUGAAGAAAGUGGAAGACCGGAAGUGGAACGUGCAGACAGAGAGUCUGAUGAGGACAUGGCCCGACUGGUGGCCGACCUGCAGAAGAGAAUGGAGCGCACAGAGCCCGUCACCGUGCUGAGGGACAUCUCCGAUCAGUCCGUCUUCAUUAACAAGGAGGCGGUGUUUGAGUGCGAGAUCAAGAUCAACUACCCAGAGAUCACCCUGUCCUGGUACAAGGGCACCCAGAAACUGGACACUAGUGACAAGUAUGACAUCAGCAUCAGCGGCGACCGCCACCUGCUCAAGAUCAAGAGGUGCCAGUCGACCGACCAAGGCAACUACCGGGUGGUCUGUGGGCCUCACAUCUCCAGCGCCAAGCUCACCGUCAAGGAGGUGGAGGUUGAGAAGCACCUGCAGGACACAUCGGGUAAGGAAGGCCAGUCAUGCACUCUGUCUUGUCAGUUAUCCAUCCCUAACGUAGAGGCUCAGUGGUAUAAAAAUGGAAAGCAGUUAGAGAUGAAGGGCAGAUACACGUCGGAGGUGAAACACAAGAUUCAGAAGCUUCUGAUCAGAGACCUGAAAACUGAAGACCAGGGCAGAUACACCUGCAAGUACCAGCACCUGGAGUCAUCCGCCGACCUGUGGGUGGAAGCUGAACAAAUUCAUUUCACCAAACGCAUCCACAACAUCGAAGUCAACGAGCGCCAGUCGGCCACCUUUGAGUGCGAGGUGUCCUUCGACAAUGCUAUCGUUUCGUGGUACAAAGACACCUGGGAACUGAGAGAGAGCCCUAAGUACAACUUCACAAGCGAGGGCCGAAGACAUUUCAUGGUCAUCCGAAACGUGACCAUCGAAGACGAAGGCGUGUACUCAGUGAUUGUGAGGUUGGAGCCCAGAGGAGAGGCUAAGAGCACGGCUGAGCUUUAUUUGUCUGGCAAAGAAAUUGAAUUAGCAAUGGUUCCCUUAGAUGUCCCAGACUCCUCAGUUCAGAGGCCUGAAGUGCCUUCAUCAGUGGCAAUUCAAGAAUCUGCUGAAUACUAUCAUUAUGAAGAAGAGCUUGAACAUAGAGAAUCAGCUGAAUAUUCGUAUCACUAUGAAGAAGAGGUGGAGAUGGAGGUGGAGCAGAGAGUGGAGUUUGAGAGCUGGACAGAAGAGACAGUAAAACCACAGGUGUCCGAAACCAAAGCCAAAGCUGCCAGAGUUGCCAUUGAGGAGACAGUGGAGACCAAGAAAGUUGAAAUGCGGGAGGAACUCCCAACAAAAGUUCCCAAAGCUGAGAAAAAGCCUGAAGAGAAGCCAAGAGCAGCCGUUAAGGAACCUUCACCGCCCAAAGUACCGGAGGCCAGAAAGCCACUGGAGGAAAAGAUUCCUGUAGUUUCAGUCCCAGAGAAGAAGGAACGUCCUACUCCAAAAGAACCAGAGGAGGUUAAGAAGCCUGCUGCUCCUCCCUCGCUGCCUGCCGAGAAGCCAGGAGUGCCAAAGAAAGAUGAGCCCAAGCCUCAGGUACCAGCUGAGCCCAAAAAAGUGGCACCUGCAGCUAAGCCUGAGCCUGAGGCCAAGCCGAAACCGAAAGCUGAGCCUGAGCCAAAGCCUAAGCCCACACCGGCUCCUAAAGCAGAACCUGAGCCAAAGCCCAAGCCCACACCGGCUCCCAAAGCAGAACCUGAGCCAAAGCCCAAGCCCACACCGGCUCCCAAAGCAGAACCUGAGCCAAAGCCCAAGCCCACACCGGCUCCCAAAGCAGAACCUGAGCCAAAGCCCAAGCCCACACCAGCUCCCAAAGCAGAGCCUGAGCCAAAGCCUAAGCCUACACCGGCUCCAACAAUACCUGAAGCCAAACCAGUGUUGAAGGUCGAGCCUGAAGCUGAGCCAGUGCAAGUAGAGAAGCCAGUGACGCUUCCAUCCAAAGCCCCUGAAGAGGCUGCAAAACCAGAGCUGGCAAAGAUCAAGCCUGAACCAGCAGUAAAAAAGCCAGAGCCAGAGGCUCGAAAAGCAAAACCAGAACCAGAAAAACCAAAACCAGAAGUCCGUAAACCAGAGCCUGUUGUAACGAAGCCAGAACCUGCUGUUGCUAAGCCAGAACCUCCAGUUCCAAAACCAGAACCUGCAGUGGUCCCCAAACCUGAACCGGCAGAGGUUCCCAAACCAGAACCUGCAGAGGUCCCUAAACCAGAACCAGUGGAGGUCCCCAAACCCAAACUAAAACCUGUGGAGGUCUCCAAACCAGAACCAGUGGAGGUCCCCAAACCCAAAUUAAAACCUGUGGAGGUCUCCAAACCAGAACCCGUGGAGGUCCCCAAACCCAAACUAAAACCUGUGGAGGUCUCCAAACCAGAACCAGUGGAGGUCCCCAAACCCAAACUAAAACCUGUGGAGGUCUCCAAACCAGAACCAGUGGAGGUCCCCAAACCCAAACUAAAACCUGUGGAGGUUUCCAAACCAGAACCCGUGGAGGUCCCCAAACCCAAACUAAAACCUGUGGAGGUCUCCAAACCAGAACCCGAGGAGGUCCCCAAACCCAAAUUAAAACCUGUGGAGGUCUCCAAACCAGAACCGGUGGAGGUCCCCAAACCCAAACUAAAACCUGUGGAGGUUCCCAAACCAGAACCUGUGGAGGUCCCGAAACCAAAACCUGAGCCGGCAGUGAAAAAACCUGAACCUGAGGUGAAAGUGCCAAAACCUGAACCUCCAAAGAUCAAACCAGAACCAACACCUGCACCAAAGGAACCUCUGAAGAAAGUUCCUGUGGAGGAAAAAAUACCUGAGGCUCCAAAACCAGCCAAGAAACCUGAAGUUGCUGUUGUUCCUCCCAAAGAAGAGCCGACGAAGAAAGAGAAAGCUUUGAAGCCCAAACCUAAACUGGUACCUGAAGAGGUGCCUGAACCUCGAAAGGUGUUUGAAGAUGUAGUUGUGUCGGAGACUGAACCUGAAAAAAUACCUGAGAGACAGGAAGUCCAUGUGAAGGAAAAGACCCCUGAGAGGGUCCCAGAAAAGGUGCUUGCACCUGAGAGAAAAGUGGAGGAAAUUCCAAAGAUGGUGCCAGAAAAAGUACCUGAGAAGGUUCCUAAAAAACCACCUGAGAAAAAGAUGCCGGAGAAAGCUCCUCCUGAGAGGAAGCCAGUAGAAGUUCCCCAGAAGGUGGCUGAAGAAGAGAGAAUUCCUGAGAAGAAGCCACCUGAGGAAGUAAAACCUGAAAGGGUGCCUAAGAAACAAACAGAGAGGAUCUCUGUAGAAAAAACACCUGAGAAGGUGCCCGAAGCUAAACCUAAACGAGAGGUGGAAGAAAUUCUUCCUAAAGAAAUAGAAACUAAGAAGACUGAAAAGAUUCUGCCUCCAGUGGUUGAACAAGAGAAAAAAGUCUCUCCUCCAGAAAAAGUAGCUACCAGUCUUGUCAAGAUCGAACGAAAGAAAGGAGCUGAGAAGAUACAGGAAGUUUAUUACGUGACGGAGAAAGUGUCGCCCACGGAGGAGGUGUGGGAACACGAAGAGGUGGUGGAAGAACAUGCCGAAGUGUUGUAUGAGGACGAAGUGGCUCGUCUGGGCGAGAAGAUAGUGUCAUUAUCAGAAGUAGACAUCUUAAGUACGACAGAAAAGGCGAGAGAUAAAAAGUCUGAGCUGAGAGGUGAGAUAUCUGUUACUGACUCUUCAAAGAGAAAAGAAACCAGGGUGACUAAACACAGAGUCCCAAAAACAGAAGAAACCAUUGUUGUAGUUCAGGAACCUGAAUCUGACAGAGAUAGGGAGGUCAUAACGUUGAAGGGUAAACCUACAAAGAUAGAAGAGGAGUAUUUUAUCAAGACAAUCGAGUCACCAAAAGAGGAGAUUGCAGAUGAAAGAAAAGACAGCCUAUCAGUCAGACAAUGGCCAGAUGAGAGGGACAUUUCUAAACAAGAAACUACUGUCACAGUCAGAAAGGGACGAGAGAUAAGCAUUACAACAGAGAGCAAAGAGAGGCAAGUGAGACCGCAAACUUAUACAGUCAAAGAAACAGAGUCAGUACAAGAAAAGAUCACAUCAGUGACAGACACAGAUAAAACUAAACCAGUUAUUAUCAGCACAGAGGCAAGAAAACUAACCAAAAAGCUGGACAUCGACGAAAAGCCUUUUAGAGAAGUCACUUACGAGGAAUCGGUCGAUCAUGAUGUUGAGAUAAUAUCAGAUAUUCCAGAGGAAGAAUACAGUAGAAGUGAAGAAAUUACAGAAAUUAGAAUCCAGCAGAGAGAUGUCCCAGUUAAAGACAAGCGAACAAAAGUUAUCCCCACUGAAGUGAAAGUGGUGGAUGAGAAAACAAGUAGAAAAGAGGAACCUAGAAUUAAACCAGCAGUCAUUACUGACUCCAAAAAAGAUGAAACUGUUGCUCCUGGAAAAGUGCCCGCAAAGAAACAAGAGAUAGCUGAGCAGAAACAAGAGAAAAAGUUAAAGCCCGAUGAGAUAAUCGACACAAAGGAGAAAGUUACGGAAAAAACAAAACUUAAAGAAGAGGUGACCCCCAAGGUAAAACCAAAAGAGUCAGUAACAGAUAUCGAGCCAAAGAAGCCAAAAGUGACUGAGCAGGAGAUUGAGUUUGAGCCAGUUGCUGCAAGAACUGAAGCAGAUUACAAGAAGAAAGAGGAGCCCAAAGAUGUUCGUCCUCAGAGAGUCGAGAAGACAAAAGAAGAACCAAGUCUUUUAAUCGAGGAUACGGUUGAGACAAAACCUUCAGUCCCUUCAAAACCAGAGAAGAAAAGGAUUUCCCCAGUAACAGCUUCCAGAGAACAAGAAGUCGAGGCCAAGAAGAUUCCCAAGGUGAUUCCUGCUGCUUUGCCUCCUGAAACACAAGUCGAGAUAAAAGAAAAAAGAGCAGAGAGAGUUCCUGUGAAGGAGAAGGAGUCUCCACCACAAGUCACAGAACCACUGGUAAAGCCAGCUGCUCCUCAAGAAGAGAGAAAACCUCAGGCUGCUGUAAAGGUUGAAGAAAUUGUCCAAAGGCCUGAGAUCACUGACACAACCAAGAAGUUGGAGAAGAAGAUUACUCCGCAAGAAGAACCAAAGCCAGUGACCAAGCCAAAGCCUGUCAUAAAGGCCGAAGAACCAACCAAGAAGGUUGCAGAAGAAGAAAAGCCAGUCGUGGCAGAACAGAUAGUUCCUGAGACAGAUGAAACCAAGGGACCCGUCCAAGCACCGGGAGGAGUCAAGAAAGAGGGACAACCGGCAGAAGAAGCAGGAAGAGGUAGAGGUAGAGGCCUGAGACCCAAGCAGACCCCGUCACCUGGAGAGGGCAGGGGCCGCGGCUUGAGGCCUGGUGGAAAGGGACCAUCACCACCAGAGGAACCCUUCGGAGGAUUCAAGCUCAAAGCCGUCCCCCUGAAGUUCAUCAAGAAGCUUCAGGACAUUGUGUUACAGGAGGCAGAGUCUAUAGGCUCGUCUGCUGUGUUUGAGUGCGAGGUAUCGCCUUCCACUGCUGUCACAUCUUGGAUGAAAGAUGGCAACAAUCUCCGUGAGGACCCAAAGCACAAAUUCAUAUCUGACGGCAAAGAUCGCAAGAUGAACAUUAUUGAUGUACAGCUCUCUGACACCGGUGAAUAUACCUGUAUAGCCAAGAACGCUGGCAAGGAAAUAUCGUGCACAGCCAAACUUAUUGUUGAAGAGCUGCCAGUGAAAUGGAUCAAAGAGCUGGAGGAGGAGACCUCAGCUCUGAAGGGUCAGCCUGUGUAUAUGACCUGUGAGUUGAACAAAGAGAGAGAUGUAGUAUGGAAGAAGGAUGGCGAAGUCCUGAAGCCAAAGGCCAACAAGAUUCAGAUCAAUAUCAUUGGCUUGCAGCACGCUGUGACCAUCCAGAACUCCGCUGAGGACGACGCUGGGGCCUACUCAUGUGAAGUGGCCAACCAGGAGACUGUCAAGACUGUAACAAAUGUCAAAGUCACUGAAAUAAUCAAGGAUUGGAUUGUGAAACCACUGAGAGACCAGCAUGUGAAACCAAAGGCUGCUGCUAUAUUUAAAUGUGAGCUCUUCAAGGACACUCCCAACUGGAAGUGGCUCAAAGGAGAGAACGAGAUCACUCCUUCUGACAAGAUCGAGAUCAAGAAGGAUGGGAAGGAGCUGACGCUCACUAUCAAGAACUGUCAGCCAGAUGAUGUAGCAGAAUAUGCCAUGGAGGUGGAGGGACGCGUCUACACUGCCAAGCUAACACUAGGAGAGCGGGAAGCUGAGAUCCUGAAGCCCCUGGCCAGCGUUGAAGUGACUGAGAAGGAAGAUGCCAUGUUUGAGACGGAGAUCUCUGAGGAUGACGUUCCAGGAGAAUGGAAGCUCAAAGGAGAGGUUUUGACCAGAUCUCCGAUGUGCGACAUCCAAAUGGAAGGUGGGGUGCGUAAACUCACUCUGAAAAAUUGCCAGUUGGAUCAGGCGGGAGAAGUGUCCUACCAGGCUCUUAACGCCAUUACCAGCGCAAUGCUCAACGUCAAAGAGCGCGACAUCAAGGUUGUCCGCCCACUGUACAGUGUGGAGGUCACUGAGACAGAGACCGCCAAGUUUGAGACAGAGAUCUCAGAGGAGGACCUUCACGGCACCUGGAAACUGAAGGAAGAGACACUCCACCUGUCUGCUGAUGUGGAGAUCAAGAUGGAGGCCACCAGACACACGCUGAUCCUCUACAACUGCAAAAUGGACAUGGCCGGAACUGUAGACUUCGCGGCAGCGAAUGCCAAAUCUUCAGCUCAGCUCAGGGUCAAAGCCCGAGUGAUCGGCCUGGAGCGGCCCCUGAAGGAUGUCACUGUGACUGCCGGGGAGACCGCUACCUUCGAGUGCGAGCUGUCCUAUGAAGGCAUCGCUGUCGAGUGGUUCCUGGGGGGUACAAAGCUGGAACCAAGCGACAGAGUGGUGUUGAAGGCGGAGGCUAAAGUCCACAGUAUGACUCUGAGGGACGUCAAACUACAUGAAGCCGGACAAGUUAAACUCGUCGCCAAAGACUUCCAGACGGAGGCCAACCUGAUCGUCAGAGAGCCACCGGUGGAGUUCACUAAGCCUCUGGAGGACCAGACGGUGGAGGAGGAAGCCACCGCCACACUUGAGUGUGAAGUUUCCAGAGAAAAUGCAGAGGUGCGAUGGUUCAGGGAUGGACAGGAGAUCAGAAAGACCAAAAAGUACGAGAUGAUCGUCGAGAGCCGUAAGAGGGCGCUGCUCAUCCACGACUGCACUAUGGACGACUCGAGAACGUACACUUGUGACGCCAAAGACUUCAAAACCUCCUGCUUCCUCAACGUUGAACCUCCACAUGUCGAGUUCUCGAAGCCGCUCCAUGAUGUCGAGGUCAAAGAGAAGGAAUCUGCCAGGUUUGAGUGUGAAGUUUCCAGAGACAACGUCAAAGUCCGCUGGUUCAAAGAUGGAAGUGAAAUCAGAAAGGGGAAGAAGUAUGAAAUUAUUGCUGAAGGCCGCAAACACAUCCUCAUCGUCCACAAGUCGGUGUUUGACGACGAGGCUGAAUAUGAAUGUGAUGCAAAGACCUCCAAAUCCUCCGGCAUGCUUACUGUCGUCGAGGAGGAGGCGAGGUUCACCAAGAACCUUUCCAACGUGGAGGGAACAGAGACGGACAGCGUGAAGCUGAUCUGCGAGGUGUCCAAACCCAGCGCUGACGUCAUCUGGUACAAAGGAGACGAGGAACUGCCGGAGGGCGGCCGCCACGACCAGAUCGUGGACGGGAAGAGGAGGAUCCUCCUCAUCCAGGACCUAAAGAUGGCCGACGCGGGAGAGUACAACUGCAGGCUGAGUCCUAGCAUCAGGACAUCCGCAAACCUCAAGAUUAACGAACUGGCUGCUGAGUUCAUCUCCAGGCCUCAGAGCCAGGAGGUGGUGGAGGGUGAGAAGGCAGAGUUCACUUGCUCUGUCUCCAAGGAAACCUAUGAGGUCAAAUGGCUGAAGGACGACAGGGAGCUGGAGGCCGGAGACAAAUACCAGAUGGUCAGCGACGGCAAGAGGCGAACACUGGUCAUCAAGAACAGUGAGCUCAGAGACGAGGGCGGAUAUGUGGUGAUGAUCGGAACCACCAGAGCCAGCGCUGACCUCACUGUGCUCGAGAAACUGAAGAUCAUCACGCCGCUGAAGGACACAGAGGCCAAAGAAGGACAGGAAGUGGUCCUGAACUGUGAGGUGAACACAGAGGGAGCAAAGGCCAAGUGGCUGAAGAAGGACGAGACGAUAUUCGAGACCAGCAAGUACAUGAUGGUCCAGAGGGACAACGUCUUCUCCCUUAGGAUCAGAGACGCCCAGAAGGGAGACGAGUCCAACUACAGCAUCAACCUGACCAAUCACAGAGGAGAGCACGCCAAGAGCUCCUGCGACCUCACCGUCAAAGAGGAGAGUCUGAGGAUCGUGGUUCCAUUGGAGGACAUCGACACUCAGGAGAAGAAGACCGUCAGCUUCUCCUGCAAGGUCAACAGGCCCAACGCCACUCUGAAGUGGAUGAAGGGUGGCCAGGAGAUCACCUUCAACAAACACAUUGUCUACAGAGUAGACAAAGAGAAGCACACGCUGACCAUCAAGGACUGCACGCUGGCGGACGAGGGCGAGUACACUGCCGUAGCCGCAGACAACAAGUCCACCGCAGAGCUGAUCAUCAGCGAGGCACCUACAGACUUUGACAUGCACCUGAAGGACCAGACCAUCACCGAGUUCGAGGACGCGGAGUUCACAUGCAAGCUGACCAAAGAGAAAGCCGACGCCAAGUGGUACAGAGAUGGACGUGAGAUCAGAGAAGGACCGAGAUAUACAUUUGAAAAAGAUGGAAAGUUGUGCACCUUGCGUAUCAAGGAGUGCAGACCGGACGAUGAGUGUGAGUACGCCUGUGGUGUGGACGAUAAGAAAUCCAGAGCCAGGCUCUUUGUUGAAGAGACGCCGGUGGAGAUCGUCAGACCGCCACAGGAUAUGUUCGAACCUCCAGGCUCGGAUGUCGUGUUCGAGGUGGAGCUCAACAAAGACAGACAGGAAGUGAAGUGGUUGAGGAACAAUAUGACGGUUGUCCAGGGAGACAAAUACCAGAUGAUGAGCGAGGGUAAAAUCCACAGACUGCAGGUCUGUGAGAUCAGACCUCGAGAUCAGGGAGAGUACAGAGUCAUCGUCAAGGACAAAGACGCCAAGGCCAAGCUGGAGCUGGCAGCUGUGCCUCAGAUAAAGACCACAGACCAGACCUACGUCACAGACGCCAGGAAGCCCAUCGUCAUGGCCGUCCCCUACAGCGCCUACCCACAGGCCAAGGCCGACUGGCUGUAUAACAACCUGAGUCUGCCCAAAGACAACAUCUACACAUCCGCCGACCGCACAGAGUACCGCCUGAGGGACCCCAUGAAGGCCGACGAGGGCCGCUACAAGGUCAUCAUCAAGAACAAACACGGAGAGGGAGAAGCCUUCAUAAACCUGGAGGUUAUUGAUGUCCCUGGACCCGUGAGGAACCUGCAGGUGAUUGACACAGCCGAUGGUGAGGUCAGCCUGGCGUGGGAGGAGCCUGAAAACGAUGGCGGCGCCAAGGUCAUUGGCUACGUGGUGGAGAGACGUGAUGUGAAGCGUAAGACCUGGACGCUGGCCACUGACCAGGCUGACAGUCCAGAGUACACAGUGACCGGCCUCCAGAAAGACUCCAUGUACCUGUUUAGAGUAUGUGCCAGAAACCGGGUCGGCAGCGGACCCAACGUUGAGACUGACAAACCCGUACAGGCCAAGAACAAGUUUGAUGUUCCUGAGGCUCCUCUGAAUGUGAUCGUUGGAAACGUCAGCAAGUUUGGCUGCACCGUCGCCUGGGAACCUCCUGAGUCGGACGGAGGCUCUCCCAUCACCUCUUACGUCAUCGAGCUGCGAGACAGGACGUCUGUGAAGUGGAUGCCUGUCCAGGUGACCAAAGCUGACGAGCUCAGUGCCGUCAUCAAUGACGUCAUCGAGAACAAGGAGUACAUCUUCAGAGUCAGAGCUCAGAACAAAGCUGGCGACGGCAAGCCAAGCGCUGCCUCACGGCCCGUCAAGAUCAUGGAUCCCAUUGAGCCUCCCAGUCCCCCUCUGAAUCUGGUCUGGGAGGACCAGAACAGGACUUCGGUGAAUCUCACCUGGGAGACUCCUCUGAGGAAUGGAGGCAGCAUGAUCACCGGAUACAUAAUCGAACGUAACGAGGAAGGCAAUGACAAGUGGCUCCGCUGUAACGCCCGCCUCUGCCCAGACCUCUUCUACAAGGUGUCUGGGCUGAAAUAUGGAAACAAGUACAACUACAGAGUGUUUGCUGAAAACGCUGCUGGAGUCUCAGAGCCAUCAAACAUCGUCGGCCCUCUGCUGGCUGACGACCCACAUGUCGGUCCAACCUUGGACCUGAGUGCUUUUAAAGAUGGCCUGGAGGUGAUUGUCCCUCAGCCUCUCACCAUCAGAGUCCCCAUCACCGGAUACCCGAUCCCUGUCGCCAAGUGGACCUUAGGAGACAAGCAGCUGAGCACUGAUGACGAGCGCGUCACCAUGACGACCAAGGCCACAUUCACAGAACUGAUCAUCACACCAAGCGUCCGCCCCGACAGAGGCACUUACACUCUGCAGCUGGAGAAUGAUGUCACGUCUGUCACUGGAGACAUCGAUGUCAACGUCAUCGCGGCGCCCAGCGCUCCAAAGGACUUCAAAGUCCUGGAGGUGACCAGGCAACAUGUCCACCUGAGCUGGGAGGCACCGGAGCACGAUGGAGGAAGUCCUCUGACCGGCUACCAGGUGGAGAAACGGGAUGUGGCCCGCAAGACCUGGGUCAAGGUGGCCCAAGGUAUCCAGGAUACGGAGUUCACAGUCACUGACGUGAUUGAAGGAAAGGAGUAUCUGUUCAGAGUCACUGCCUGCAACAAGUGUGGACCAGGAGAGCCGGCGUACAUCGACGAUCCCGUUAAUGUCUCGUCUCCUGCCACCAUCCCCGACCCUCCAGAGAACCUGAAGUGGAGAGACAAGACCGCCAGUGGCAUCUUCCUCACCUGGGAGCCGCCAAAAUACGAUGGCGGCAGCGGCAUCCGAGGCUACAAUGUGGAGCGCUGCAUGAGAGGAACAGAUAAGUGGGAGCCCUGCGGGGACAUGGUGCAGGAGCUGAAGUGCCAGGUAACAGGUCUGCUUGAGGGCCAGUGGUACGCCUACAGAGUCCGAGCCCUGAACAAGCUGGGAGCCAGCCGACCCUGCAAGGCCACCGAUGAGAUCCAGGCAGUUGAUCCCAAAGAACCUCCAGAGAUCCAGCUGGACGUCAAGCUGCUGGCUGGUCUGACUGCUAAGGGCGGCAGCAAGAUCGAGCUCCCUGCCGAGGUGAAGGGUAAGCCUGAGCCCCGCGUGAAAUGGACGAAAGCUGACCUGGUCCUCCAACCAGACGACAGGGUUUCCAUCGACACCAAGCCGGGACACUCCACCGUUACCAUUGCCAAGACCAAGAGAGAUGACAGCUCCACCUACAUCAUCGAGGCCACCAACAGCAGCGGCCGUGCCACUGCCACUGUUGAGGUCAACAUCCUUGAUAAGCCCGGUCCUCCAGCUGCCUUCGAUAUCUCUGAAAUCACUAACGAAUCCUGCUUUAUGGCCUGGAACCCUCCACGUGAUGAUGGCGGCUCCAGAAUUACCAAUUACAUUGUUGAGCGCCGAGCCACAGAUAGCGAGAUCUGGCACCGGCUGUCCUCAACCGUGAAACUGACUACCUACAGAGCUGUGGGCCUGGUCAAGUUCAAGGAGUACAUCUUCAGAGUCUUCGCAGAGAACCAGUUUGGUGUUGGCCCAGCGGCUGAGCACCCAUCCAUCAUCGCCAGAUACCCCUUCGACACUCCUGGAGCUCCUUACAAGCUGGAGGCUUCAGACAUUGCCAAGGACUCCCUGACCCUGAACUGGUACGAGCCUGAUGAGGAUGGAGGCAGCCCCAUCACCGGAUACUGGGUGGAGAGAUAUGAACCCGAACACGACAGGUGGAUGAGAUGCAACAAGGUGCCCAUCAAAGACACAAACUAUAGAGUCAAAGGUCUUCCCACUAGGAAGAAGUACAAGUUCAGAGUUCUGGCUCAGAAUCUGGCUGGAACUGGAAAACCCAGCAAGGAGACAGACCCGAUCCUUGUCAAAGAUCCAUUUGAUCCUCCAUGGCCUCCUGGUAAACCCACGGUGAAGGACGUAGCUAAGACUUCCUGCUUUGUCAUGUGGACCAAACCAGAGCACGACGGCGGAGCAAAGAUCGAAGGCUACAUUAUUGAGAUGCUGAAGAGCGGUACCACAGACUGGAUCCGCACGGCAGAGAACAUCAUCCCCCUGGAAUACUUCCUGAAGGGCCUGAUGGAGAAGCAGGAGUACACGUUCAGGGUGCGAGCUGUUAACGCAGCCGGAGAAAGUGAACCCAGCGAGCCCAGCGACCCUGUGCUCUGCAAAGAGAGACUCAACCCUCCAUCGGCUCCUCGCUGGCUGGAUGUCGUCAGCAUCUGCAGAAACAGCGCUGACUUGAAGUGGGCUGUGCCAGAACGCGACGGAGGCUCACGCGUCACCAACUACAUAGUGGAGAAGCGCGACGCCAAGCGUAAAGGCUGGCAGGCUGUUGACACCACAGUCAAGGAGCUGAAGUACACCGUGACGCCACUCAAUGAAGGUUCUCUCUACGUGUUCCGUGUUGCCGCUGAGAACGCUGUUGGUGUGGGACCGUUCUGCGAGCUGGAGGACUCUGUGCUGGCUAAAGACACCUUCACUACUCCUGGGGCGCCGUAUGCCCUCACUGUCAACGCUGUGACCAAGAGAUAUGUGGACCUGAUGUGGGAGGAGCCUAAAAAUGAUGGUGGCAGACCCAUCCUCAAGUAUUCCAUUGAGAAGAAGGAGAGGCUUGGAACCCGCUGGGUGAAAUGCGGGAAGACUUCUGGUCCAGACUGUAAGUACAGAGUGACGGAUGUCAUUGAGGGAACUGAGGUUCAGUUCCAGGUCUGCGCUGAGAACGAGGCCGGCGUCGGCCAUCCAAGCGAACCCACAGAGCUCCUUGCUAUCGAGGAUCCAACAGGAGCCCCAUCGCCACCUAUCGAGCUGCAUGUCACAGGAGCCAGCAGGGACUUCCUGUCCAUUGCCUGGAAACCUCCUCAGAGAGAUGGCGGCUGCCCCAUCACUGGCUACCACAUCGAGAUGUGUGAGGCUGGGACGGAGAAGUGGAUGAGGGUUAACUCCCGUCCAGUGAAGGAGCUGAAGUACCGCGUGGAGGAAGGCGUGGUCCCCGAGAAGGAGUACAUCCUGAGAGUGAGGGCCAUCAACUCUGUCGGAGUUAGCGAGCCCUCCGACAUCUCCGAGAACGUCUUCGCCAGAGAGUCUGAGUGCAACCCGACGCUGGAGUUCCAGACUCUGGACCUGGUUGUUGUGGAAACAGAGAAGCUGCACAUCCCGGUUCCCUUCAGAGCCGUCCCAUCACCCAGGAUCACCUGGCACAAAGACGGCAAGGAGCUGAAGGCCGACGAUCGCGUUGGUUUCAGGAAGGACUACACUUCCUGUCACCUGGAGAUCGACAGCAGCCUUCAUGCUGAUGCAGGACAGUACAGAGUCACCCUGGAGAACAAUCUGGGAGCCACCAGCGGCACCAUCAACGUCAAAGUCAUCGGUCUUCCUGGUCCAUGUAAGGAGAUUUUGGCAUCUGAGAUCACAAAGAGCUCCUGCAAAGUGACCUGGGAUCCUCCAGACUACGACGGCGGCACCCCGAUCAUACACUACGUCCUGCAGCGUCGUGAGGCUGGCAGGAGGACGUAUGUCAACAUUAUGUCCGGAGAGAACAAGGUGAGCUGGAACGUCAAAGACCUCAUCCCCAACGGAGAGUUCUACUUCAGAGUCCAGGCUGUCAACAAGGUGGGAGGAGGAGAGUUCAUUGAGCUCCGCAACCCGGUCAUCGCAGAGGACCAGAAACACGUCCCUGACCCGCCGGUGGACGUGGAGACACACAACCCCACAUCCAGCACCGUCACUCUGACCUGGAAGCCUCCCAUGUACGAUGGCGGCUCCAAGAUCAUGGGCUACAUCCUGGAGAAGCAGAUGAAGGGCGAGGACAAGUGGGAGAGGUGCAACGACUUCCUGGUGCCCGUCCUGUCUUACACCGUCAAAGGGCUGAAGGAGGGCAAGAUGUACACAUUCAGAGUCAAAGCCGAGAAUGUUGCUGGGCUCAGCGAGCCGUCACGCAACACGCCGUUUGUCAAGGCUUCGGAGGCCAUCGAUCCUCCGAAGGUCUUCCUGAGCGGCAGCCUGCAGUCCGGCCUCAGCUUGAGGCGCGGCUGUGACAUCUGCCUGGACGCCAACAUCUCUGGCGCACCGUACCCUGAGAUCACCUGGUACUGGAACAACAAGGUGAUCCGUCCGGAGCCGCUCCGCAAGAGGCCCGAGAGACCCCUGAAGAAGAAGGUGGAAAAGAAGGAGGAGAAGAAAGAGGAGGUAGAGGCCGAGAAGAAGGAGGGAGAGGAGAAGAAGGAGGAGGAGAAGAAGGAGGAGAAGAAAGAGGAGGUGGCAGAGCCUGAGGUGGAGGAGAUCGACUAUCCGACCAUUAAUGAACGUCUGACCAUCAACAACAGCCGCAGGGGCGUGUCCUCUGUCAUCAUCAAGGACUCGUACCGCCCUGACCACGGCGUCUACAUGGUGAAGGUGGAGAACGACCACGGCAUAGCCUCAGCAACCUGCGAGGUCAACGUGCUCGAUACUCCCGGGCCUCCGGUGAACUUCAAAUUUGAGGAGCCAAGGAAGAACUCUGUGAUCUGUAAGUGGGAUCCUCCUCUGGACGACGGUGGCAGCGAGAUCCUCAACUACACCCUGGAGCAGAAAGACAACUCCAAGCUGGAGAUCGGCUGGAGCUGCGUCACCUCCAUGCUGACAGGAUGCCGCUUCCUGGUGCCCAAACUCAUCGAGAAGAAGGAGUACUUAUUCAGGGUCACCGCGGAGAACAGGUUCGGCGCGGGCCCGUACUGCGUCUCCAAACCACUUAUCGCCAAGAAUCCAUUCGACCCUCCUGAUGCUCCUGAUAAGCCAGAGGUUAAUGACAUCACAGCCGAAACCAUGCUGGUCACCUGGACCCCACCAAACGACAAUGGCAGCCCCAUCAUUGGCUACUGGGUGGAGCGCCGUGAGAUCAAUAGCUCACGCUGGACACGUGCCAACAAGAACAUUGUCCCAACCACUGAGCUGAACGUUGGAGGUCUAAUGGACGGGCUGACUUACAUCUUCAGGGUGGCAGCUGAAAACCAGGCCGGCCCCGGAAAGUUCAGCGUCCCCACCGAACCCAAGAUGGCCCAGGCUCGCAUCCUGCCUCCUGGACCACCGAUUGCUCGAGUGGCCACGACCACCGACCACUCCAUUGAAGUAGAGUGGGACCCACCUGUUGACAACGGUGGAGGAGAGAUCAUUGGUUACCAUGUGGAAAAGUCCCUGGCUGGUUCCAAGGAAUGGUCCAGAGCUUCAGAGCAUAUGACGAGGGCCCGGACUUUCACUGUCUAUGGAGUCCGUGAGAAAGCCAAGUACAUGGUCAGAGUCAUUGCCUGCAACGCUGCCGGAGAGGGAACGCCAGGAUUCACAGAGGCUGUGAUUGUGAUGAAUCCAGCAGAGAUGCCAGUGAUUGAAAUGGACCUGGCCGUCAAGAGCGGCAUGAUUGUCAGAGCCGGAACGACACUCCUUAUACCUGCUAAAGUCACAGGUAAACCCUACCCAUUCAUUUCCUGGACCAAGGACGACGGCAAACUUGACAAAGACCGUGUGGAGGUCCUCACUGAGGGCGAAAACAGCAUCAUUUCAGUCCAGAAUUGCCAGAGGAAGGACUGUGGCAAAUAUACAAUUUCUGCUUGCAACCCCAGUGGCAUCAAGAAUGUUUCGGCUCGAGUGGAAGUAGUGGAUACUCCUGGACCUGUAACGGAUCUGAAGCCUGUUGUCGUCACUCGCAAGAUGAUCUUCCUUAACUGGGAUGACCCAGUGGAUGACGGCGGCAGUGAAUUGACCGGCUUCCUCGUGGAAAGAAAAGAAGGCAAGAUGCACACAUGGAGGCAACCUGUUGAAACCAUUUCAUCCAAGUGCGAGUGUUCGGGCAUCGUGGAGGGAAAGGAGUACAUAUUCCGUGUCUUUGCCAAGAACAAGUAUGGCUUGGGAGUGCCCGUAGAGCUGGAGCCCAUUCUUGCUGUUGACGCACAGGCUCCUCCAUCAAACCCUGAGAAGUUCAACUACACCGAGCGCACCAAAGAUUCCAUCACGCUGACCUGGAAGCCACCUCGUAAUGAUGGCGGCAGCCCUAUCCUUGGCUACAUUGUUGAGAAGAAGAGGCAAGACCAGCAGGCCUUCGAGCCAUGCAACAAGGAGCUCUGCACUGACUUGACCAUGACUGUAGGGGGCCUGGAGGAUGCCUGGCCGUAUGAGUUCAGGAUCAAGUGUGUCAACGCAUUGGGAGAGAGUGAGCCAACCAUCCCGUUGACAGUGAUCAUCCAAGACGAUGAAGUUCCUCCCGAGGUUCACAUGCUGACAAAGGGCGAGUCCAUUACUGUAAAGAAGGGUGAGCUCAUUGAGAUCCCUGCUGAUAUCAUCGGCCUCCCCAUCCCGAAGGUUGAGUGGGACAAAGAUGAUGUGGUGAUCGCUAAGCCCACUGAUGCUCUGCUGAUUGACACGGUGGUGACCGGCAGGCUGAACGCAAAGACCAAACUGUCCAUCCCAGAAGCCAGCAGGAAGGACUGCGGCAGCUUCACUGUAACUGCCUCAAACAAUAUGGGCUCAGCCAAGCACACCAUCUAUGUUACGGUUUUGGACCGACCAACUCCACCCAGGAAUGUGACGGUGACCAGCGUCAAGGCAGAGUGUUGCUACCUCAGCUGGGAUGCACCAGUGGAUAAUGGUGGCAGCGACCUGACCAAUUACAUUGUUGAGAAGAAGGAAGUGGUGACAGGGGAGCCGGAGCAGGAAGGUGAACCUCAGUGGGAGUUAGUUACCAACAGCAUCAUUGAGAAGAAAUACGGGGUGUGGAACCUGGAGAACAACAAGUCCUACAUGUUCCGGGUCAGAGCUGAGAAUCGUUACGGUAAAUCUGACCCCUGCGGAUCGAAGGAGGUCCAGAUCAUAGACCCAUUCGGCCUUCCUGGCGCACCAGAGAAACCAACCAUCGCAGAGUACUCGAGGACCACCAUGACCCUAACAUGGGAGCCUCCCAGAGACACUGGCGGCUCUAAGAUUAUCGGCUACUGGCUGGAGAAGAGGGAGAAAGGCACUGCCUACUGGGCCAAAGUCAACAAGACGCCCAUCACCAAGAGGGGCAUGAAAGGCUGGGAGUACCAGACAAAUCGUCUUAUGGAAGGAACAGAGUAUGAGUUCAGAGUUGCUGCCACCAAUUCUGCAGGAACUGGACCAUUCAGCGGACCGUCUGACUCUGCCUUUGCUGUUGAUCCAAUCACUCCUCCAAGUAUGCCUGCCGCUCCUGUGGUGGCUGAUAAGACAAACCACAAUGUCACGCUGUCCUGGAAGCCGCCAGAGAGUGAUGGAGGAAGCCCGAUCAAAGGCUACAUCAUCCAGAUCCAGGAUGAGGGCAAAUCAGACUGGGCGAGGGUGAACGACCUUGACAGCCUCAACCCCACCACUGAGUUCACCGUACCCAGCCUACGGCCGCUAAAACGUUACCGCUUCAGGAUCAUCGCCGUCAACGCCAUUGGGGAGUCUGACCCCAGCCCCCGCACCACCGAGGUUCUGAUUGAAGAUGUCCAGCUUGCACCUGCCAUCUCCAUCGACAUAUUGAUGGAGGACCUGCUGUGCAUCCCUGCUGGAGAUCCAAUCAGGAUCCCGGCCACCAUCAAAGGCCGCCCUGCUCCCAGGGUAACCUGGGACUUUGAUGGCAAAGCCCCGACGCACAAGAUAAACAAGCUGCACACAUUGCCAGUCGACGCCCAGGUUGAAUCUACGGACACAACGUCCGUUGUAAACAUCCCUGUCAGUCUGAGGAGCCACUCUGGACGCUACACCAUCACCGCCAAGAACAAGUCUGGACAGAAACAUGUUAACGUCAGAGUCAUCGUCCUCGACGUCCCCGGACCUGUAAAGGAGCUGAGGGUCACUGACAUCACCAGGUCAACCGCCAGGCUGAUCUGGAAACUCCCUGACAGCGAUGGAGGAGAGAGAAUCAAGAGCUACUUUCUUGAGAAGAAGAGUCUCUCUGACAAGGCCUGGACAACGGUGAAUGCAGCCUGUGCCAGCCAGGCCUUCGUGGUGCCAGGCCUACUGGAAGGUCAGAAAUACCACUUCAGGGUCCGAGCUGAAAACAGACUUGGAUUCGGUCCAUUCACCAUCACCACUGAUCCCAUCCUGGCCAGAGACCCCAUCUUCCCCCCUGACCCUCCCACCAAGCUGAAGAUUAACCUGGUGACAAAGACCACCGUCACUCUGAGCUGGGAGCCUCCCAAAAACAACGGUGGUUCUCCAGUGAAGCAUUACAUCAUCGAGCGUUUGAGCUGGGACACCAGCGGCAAAGAGAAGGAGACGUGGAAGCAGUGCAACAAGAGAGACGUGGAGGACCUCACCUUCGUGGUGGAGGAUCUGAAGGAGGGAGGAGAAUAUGAGUUCAGAGUAAAAGCCGUGAAUGCCGCUGGACCAGGCCGACCCUCCGCCACCGCUGGACCCCUGAUCAUCAAGGAUCAGACAUUUGCUCCCACCAUUGAGCUGCGUGAGGCCAUGGAAGGCGAGGAGGGCUGUGAUGUCAGUGUUGUGGCGAAGGUGGCCGGCUGUCCGUUCCCCACGCUCACCUGGCAUAAAGCCAGCGUGGCCAAACCUGAGGAGAAGGCUCCCAUCCAGUAUGACCAGCAUAUGAACAAACUCGUGACCCACGAUAAGUGCACACUGCUGAUCCAGCAGGCCAGCAGACACGACACCGCCCUCUACAGCCUGACGGCCUCCAACAGUCUAGGCAGCAUCAGCAAGACGAUCAAGGUCUCCAUUUACGGACCUCCCAGUGCACCUAUUGGACCCAUCAAGUUCACCGAAGUGUUUGCGGAGAGGAUCGGCCUGGCCUGGAACCCUCCCACAGAUGACGGAGGAUCUAAGAUUACCAACUAUGUGAUUGAGAAGCGUGAGGACAACAGGAAGUCCUGGGUCCACGUCUCCAACGACCCCAAGGAGUGUGCCUAUGUGGUGACCCGACUGACGGAGAAUCACGAGUAUGAGUUCAGAGUCAUGGCCCAGAACAAAUUUGGAGUCGGUCCUCCUCUGGUCAGCGAGCCAGAGAAGGCCAGAAACCUCUUUACCGUCCCCGGUCAGUGUGAGAAGCCAACUGUGGAUGACGUCAGUCUGGAGUCGAUGACCGUCCACUGGGAAGAGCCCAAGUACGAUGGUGGCUCCCCCAUCACGGGCUACUUUGUGGAGAAGAAAGAGACCACUGCCAAGCGCUGGAUCCGCGUCAGCCGCGACCCAAUCCGAGCCCUCCCUCUGGGCAACAGCUGGUUUGUCACCGGCCUGCAGGAGGGCGCCAUGUACCAGUUCAGGGUCAUUGCUGUCAAUGCCGCCGGCUGCGGUCUGCCCAGCAUGCCCUCUGAUCCCAUACUCUGCAGAGACCCCAUCAAGCCUCCCGGCCCGCCCACUCCUAAGGUGACGGACUGGACAAAGUCGACGGUGGAGCUGGAGUGGAUCCCUCCUCUGGUGGAUGGAGGGUCAAAGGUCACGGGCUACAUUGCAGAGUUCAAGGAGGUGAACAAGGAGGAGGAGGAGAAGAAAGCUCAGAGGAAGCUGCUGCUGAGCGGCGCUGAGGAGGAGAAGGAGCCAGAGACCGACGAGGGCUGGGCAAAGGCGAAGGACACAGAGGUCAGAGGAACCAAAUACAUGGUUACCGGUCUGAAGGAAGGUGGUCUGUACCGCUUCAGAGUCCGAGCUGUGAAUGCUGCAGGAGUUGGAGAACCAGGAUAUGUGUCUGAGAUGAUCGAGGUCAAAGACAGAACAAUUCCUCCUGAGAUGGACCUGGAUGCCUCGGUGAAGGAGAGGAUUGUGGUCCAUGCCGGCGGCACCAUCCGCAUCAUUGCCUAUGUGUCCGGUAAGCCCACCCCGCAGAUCACCUGGUGCCGUGACGACGCAGAGGUGCCCAAAGAGGCUGUGGUGGAGAAGACGGGCAUCUCCAAUUCACUAGUCAUAAAGAACUGCAAGCGCCAACACCAGGGCAUCUACACGCUGAGCGCCAAGAAUGAGGGAGGAGAGAGGAGGAAGGCCAUCGUCGUGGAGGUCCUUGACGUUCCUGGACCCGUCGGUCUUCCCUUCGCUGGCGAGAAUCUGACCAACGACUCCUGCAAGCUGACCUGGUCCUCCCCUGAGGACAAUGGCGGCUCGGCCAUCACCAACUACAUCAUUGAGAAGAGGGAGUCAGACCGCAUGGGCUGGACCUCAGUGUCCUACACGGUGACGAGGAACAAUGCCGUGGUGCAGGGACUCCUCGACGGCAAGGGCUACUUCUUUAGAAUCGCAGCCGAGAACAUCAUUGGCAUGGGACCUUUCAUCGAGACCGACAAGAUGGUUCUCAUCAAGGACCUCAUCUCGGUCCCGGAGCGUCCAGAGGACCUGAUCAUCACGGCCGUCACCAAGGACUCCAUCUCCAUCGCCUGGAGACCACCCAAGUAUGAUGGCGGCGCCGAGGUGACUGAGUACAUCCUGGAGACCCGCAUGGUCGGCCGGGACAGCUUCACACGAGUAGGUGGAGACACUAAGCUGAUGGACAGGAAGUUCACCCUGACAGGACUGAAGGAGGGCUCGACCCACGAGUUCAGAGUUUCUGCCGUCAACCAGGUCGGAAAGGGUAAAUCCUCCUUCGCCACCAAACCUGUCCAGUGCAAGGAUGAGCUUGAACCGCCCACUCUGGACCUGGACUUCAGGGACAAGAUGAUGGUGAAAGUGGGAGACACCUGCACACUGUCAGGACGCUACGGCGGCAAACCAGCGCCAACAAUCACCUGGAAGAAGAACGACGAGGAGCUGAAGGCGGAUGACGAGAUCAGUCUGCACAGCACUGCCCGCCACUUGAGCCUCACCAUCAGCAAGACCAAGAGGGAUCACAGUGGGCACUACGGUGUCAGCCUGGAGAAUGCUGCCGGAACUCGCACAGGAAUCUGCACCAUCAUUGUGGUCGACCGUCCACAACCUCCAGAGGGCCCCGUCAUUUUCAACGAGAUCUACAGGAACUGCAUGGUGAUCUCCUGGAACCCUCCGCUGGAUGACGGAGGCUGUGCCGUCUCCAACUACAUCAUUGAGAAGAGAGACACCAACAGAGACCUGUGGAUGCCAAUCACUGCCUCCUGCACCAGAACCACCUGCAGGGUGCCAAAGCUGAUCGAAGGUCGUGAUUACAUCAUCAGGAUCAUGGCUCAGAACAUCUACGGCAUCAGUGAGCCCCUGCUGUCCGCAGAAACCAAGGCCAGAGACAUCUUCAGGGUGCCCGACGCUCCUAAACAGCCCACAGUGAAGGAGAUCUAUCAUGACUCUGCCCUCAUCAGCUGGGAGCCACCUGCUGAUGGAGGAAAGCCAAUCACAGGCUACAUUGUGGAGAGGAAGGAGACCAUGGCCAAAAGGUGGGUUCGCUGCAACACAGACAGAAUCUUUCCGAAGGUAGAGUACUGGGUGACAGAGCUGCUGCAGGGCUGUGAGUACGAGUUCAGAGUCAGCGCUGAGAAUGUGGUGGGAGCCGGAGACCCGAGCCCACCGUCCAAACCUGUCUUCUCUAAAGAUCCCAUCGUGAAACCAAGUCCACCGCUGAACCUUGAGGCCAUUGACUUCACCAAGGAGUCAGUGACUGUGUCCUGGGAGCCGCCUGCUGACACUGGCAGAGGAAAGAUCUUCGGAUACCUGGUGGAGUACCAGAAGGCUGGAGAGGAGGAGUGGCUGCAGGGGAACCAGACUCCAGACUCCUGCCAGGAGACCAAGUUUAAAAUGGUCGGCCUGGCUGACGGAGCUCUGUACCGCUUCAGAGUCAUGGCUGUCAACGCUGCUGGAGUGUCUGAUCCGGCUAACUUGAAGGAGCCAAUCAGAGUACAGGACAGACUUGAGCCCCCAGAGCUCAUUCUGGAUGCUUCAAUGACCCGUGAGGUGAAGGCCAGGGCCGGCACUCACAUCACUCUGAUGGCCGCCAUCAAGGGUGUCCCAUUCCCUACCGUCACCUGGAAGAAGAACGAUGCCGAGGUGCCCACCAGGGCCGACAUUGACACCAACACGGCAGGCACAAAGCUGGAGAUGAGGUUCUGUCACCGUGGUGACUGUGGAGAUUACACGCUUACUGUGGAGAACCCGGCCGGAUCCAAGACCGCCACCUGCACCGUGCUGGUUCUUGACAAACCUGGUCCCAUCCAGCACCUCCGGGUGUCUGACGUCAGGAGCGACUCUGCCUACCUCUCCUGGAAGGACCCAGAGGACAACGGUGGUACUCGCAUCACUAACUUUGUGGUGGAGAAGAAAGACACGGCGUCCACUCAGUGGGUCCCUGUCUGCUCCACAUCCAAGAAACGCAGCAUGACGCUGAAGCACCUGAUGGAGGGCACAUCCUACACAUUCAGAGUUGCUGCUGAGAACAUAUACGGCCGGAGCGAAUAUGUCCAGACGCCGAAGGCCAUCAAGGCCAUGAACCCACUCUUCCCUCCUGGUCCUCCCAAAGACCUGCACCACACCGACGUGGACAAGACUGAGGUGUGGUUGGUCUGGAACUGGCCCGAUCGCAAUGGUGGAAGUGAGAUCACAGGCUUCCUGGUGGAGUAUCAGGAAGAGGGAGAGAAGGAGUGGUACGAGUGGAAGACUGUGAGCAUCCCUGAGAGUCAUGUGAAUGAAGGCUUGGAGGAGGGAAAGACCUACCGCUUCAGAGUGAGGGCUGAGAAUGCCAUUGGCCUCAGCAGACCUGACACCACUGUGCCUAUCCUCUGCCAGGAGAAACUGAUUCCUCCAAUUCUCGAGGUGGACGUUAAGUUCACUGAGGGCAUCAUCGUAAAGGCUGGCACCACCAUCAGGCUGCCAGCAAUCAUGAAAGGAAUGCCUGUUCCCAGCGCCAAGUGGUCCAUCGAAGGAGAGGAGAUCAAAAGCCAGGGUAACACCAAGAUCGACACGGACAACUUCUCCACUGUGCUCAGCAUUAAUGAGUGCACCAGGAACCACACCGGCACCUACCUGCUCACUGUGUCCAACCCAGCUGGAACCAAGACGGCGGCCUUGAACGUCACUGUCCUGGAUGUUCCCGCUGCUCCCAUUGGACCUCUCAACAUCCUGGAGGUCACUCCGGACUCCAUGAUGAUUGAAUGGCGUCCUCCCAAAGACGAUGGCGGCAGCCCUGUCACCAACUACAUUGUGGAGAAGAGAGAGUCCAACAAGGGGACCUGGGGAAGUGUGAGUUCUGGUAGCCUUGCCACCAAGAUGAACAUCACCCGCCUCCAGAGGGGAGUCGAAUAUGUGCUUCGCAUUCGUGCUGAGAACAAAAUGGGCAUCGGUGCUCCUCUGGAGAGCAAGCCCACUGUCGCUGAGCACUCCUUCAUGCCACCCAGCCCACCUGGCAAGCCACAGCCCUCUGAUAUUUCAGAGGAUUCUGUUACACUCGGCUGGACCAUGCCCCUGUCUGACGGAGGCAGCCAGAUCUUUGGCUACAUCAUUGAGCGCAGACACAAGGGAGGAAAAUGGAUCCGUGUAAACAAAAUACCCUGCAGGGACCUGAGGUACACAGUUCUGGGUCUGUUUGAGGGUAAUGAAUACGAGUUUAGAGUAUUUGCUGAGAAUGUUGCUGGCUACAGUGGCCCCUCUCCUAUCUCCGACCCCUGCAAGCCCUGCAGGCCCAUCACCGUCCCCAGCCCCCCUGUCAACCCCAAACUUAAAGAUUGCAGCAAGUCCACUGCUGACCUGGUUUGGACCAAACCCAACAAAGAUGGAGGCAGCCCUAUCCUGGGCUACAGUGUGGAAAUGAAGAAGGCAGAUACUGAAGAAUGGAAAAAGGUGAACCUGGAGGACUUCAUCAAGCAGUGUGCCUAUACGGUGAAGGGUCUGGAGGAGGGUGUGACUUACAGAUUCAGAGUCUUCGCUUCAAACAUGAUUGGAGAUGGAGAGCCCAGAGAAAUCCCAGAGUCCGUCACUGCUCAGGAUAUCCUGAUCCCUCCAGAGAUUGAGAUGGAUGCCAGCUGCCGCGAGCGUGUCACUGUGCGUGUCGGACACAACAUCAACAUCACUGGCUACAUCAAGGCUCGCCCCGACCCAGAAGUGCUUUGGUCAAAGGAGCAGACAGUUCUGGAGAAAAGCAAACGUGUCUUUAUCACGCAGAACCUCCCUCUGGUCCAUCUGAGGAUCAAGGAAGCCACAAGAGAUGAUCAUGGAAAAUAUAUCCUGAAGGCUUCAAAUGAGGGUGGCGAGGCAUCUUGCACAAUCACAGUGAAUGUUCUAGACAGACCCACCCACUGCCAGAACUUGCAUACCACCUAUGCCACUAGGGACUCAUGCAUGAUCAACUGGGAGGCCCCCAAGGACAAUGGUGGAUCCGAGAUCACCAACUACAUAGUAGAGUGCCGUGAGCCCAGCAUUAGCAUGUGGUCUAUGAUCACCUCCAACUGCACCAAUCGCAAGAUCAAGGCCAAGCUGAUGGAGGGCCAUGAGUACUUGUUCCGUGUCUGUGCUGUGAACAAGAUAGGCCCGGGACCCUGUGUGGAAACCAAGACCCCUCUGCUGGCAAUCGACCCCAUUGAGAAGCCUGGUGAGCCUGAGAACUUCAGAGUCACUGACAUUGGUAAGAACUACGUCUAUCUGAGGUGGAGGAAGCCUGACUAUGAUGGUGGCAGCCUCUAUCUCUCCUACAACCUGGAAUGCAAAACCAAAGAUGCUGAAGAGUGGGAGAAACUCAACACCGGCACUCUCACUAACACAUUCUUCUUGGCUGACAAGUGUGUAGAGAACCAGACAUACACCUUCAGGGUCCAGACUGUCAAUGAAGGAGGUGAAAGUGCUUGGGUAAAACUUGCUGAUAUUCUGGUGAAGGAGGAGUUGCAGAAGCCUGUCCUGGAUCUGAAGCUGGCUGGAGCUUUGACAGUGAAGGCAGGAGAGUCAGUCAGGAUGGAGGCUGGCCUGAGAGGAAAGCCUCAGCCUGAGGUCAAAUGGACGAAAGACAAGGCUGUCGGAGACAACCCAAGAAUCAGCGUGGAAACUGGCCCUGACUACUCCAAGUUCCUUAUGACCAAGUCCAGACGCACCGACAGUGGAAAGUAUAUCAUCACUGCCACUAAUUCGCUGGGCACCUUCACGGCAUAUGCCACCGUUAAUGUCCUGGACGUCCCCGGCCCAGUGAGGGACCUCAGGGUUACUGGCAUCGGGUCCGACAAGUGCAGAGUGGUUUGGGAUCCUCCAGAGGAUGAUGGAGGUUGUGAGGUGGACAGCUACAUCCUGGAGAAAUGUGAGACCAGGAGGAUGGUCUGGUCCACAUACUCAGACUCUGUGGUCACACCGUACUGCAAUGUUACUCGUCUAGUGGAGAACAACGAGUACAUCUUCAGAGUGAGGGCUGAGAACAAGAUGGGAACCGGCCCCGCCAUGGAGAGCAAGCCCGUCACUGUCAAGACUCAGUUGAACAGACCUGGACCUCCAGAUGCCCCUGAGGUCACCAAGGUCAGUAAAGAUGAGAUGACUGUUGUUUGGGCUCCUCCUGAGAAUGAUGGAGGAAAGUCUAUUACUGGCUACAUCCUGGAGAGGAAAGAGAAGAGGGCAGUGCGCUGGGUGCCAUGCACCAAGAGCCCCAUCUCUGAGAGACGCAUGAAAGUUGCCAAUCUGAUCCCCAAUCAUGAGUACCAGUUCAGGGUGAAGGCUGAAAAUGAAGUAGGCCUGGGAGAGCCCAGCAAACCCUGCAGACCAGUUGCAGCCAAAGAUCCCAUUGAGCCCCCUGGCCCUCCUGCCGGCCUGAAGGUGGGCGACAGCACCAAGACGUCUAUCACCCUGUCCUGGUCUAAACCAGUGUAUGACGGCGGUGCACCCAUCAUCGGCUACAGCUUGGACAUGAGGCUGAAGAGCGAGGCAGACCCUGAGAAGCCCACUGAGGGCUGGAAGAGAAUUGACACCCGUGGCCCAUUGGUGCUCACAGAGUUCACCAUCGGCCAGCUGGAUGAGAAGCAGGAGUAUGAAUUCAAGGUGUCCGCCAAAAACCAAGUGGGCUGGGGACGUCAUGCCUACUUGAAGGAGGCCGUCUCCCCCAAGGAGAUCCUGGAGGCUCCAGAGAUUGACCUGGACGCCAGUCUGAGGAAAGGUCUGUCCGUUAGGGCUGGAUGUCCAAUCAGGCUUUUUGCUGUGAUCAGAGGAAGACCCGCCCCCAAGGUUACCUGGAAGCGCUUGGGUGUGGAUAACGUGAUACGCCGAGGUCAUGUGGACCAGGUUGACACCAUGUCCUUCCUGGUCAUCCCUGAGAGCACCAGAGAGGAUUCUGGGAGAUACUCGCUGACUCUGUCGAACUCAGCCGGAGAGAAAGCCGUGUUUGUCCGUGUCAAAGUCCUUGAUACUCCUGGUCCCGUUGGUGGCCUGGAGGCAACCAACGUUACCAAGACGACAGCUCAGCUGUCCUGGUUGCCACCAGAAAAUGAUGGUGGCAGCCCCAUCCUCAACUACAUUGUGGAGAAACGGGAGGUGGACCGGAAGACCUGGAACAAGUGUACAGAAGACCUGAAGAAGACUAGCUUUAAGGUGACCAACAUGACUCCUGGGAUUGAGUACUACUUCAGAGUCACAGCCUGCAACAAGUACGGCAUCGGAGUUCCUCAGGACUCACCCAAAUCCUAUCUGGCUGUUGACCCCAUCAGUGAGCCAGACCCUCCGAAGAAGAUGGAUGUGUUGGAGAUCACCAAGAAUAGCGCCACACUGGGCUGGCUGAAGCCACUCAGGGACGGAGGAGCCAAGAUCAAUGGUUAUGUGGUGGACUACCAGGAGGAGGGAGCGCCUGAGGACAAGUGGACACCUUAUUCUGUGGUCAGGGACCUGACCAUCGUGGUGGUUGGUCUGAAAGAGGGAAAGAAGUACAAGUUCAGAGUGGCAGCCAGGAACUCAGUGGGAGUCAGCUUGCCCCGAGAGGCAGAGGGAGUGUUUGAGGUCAAGGAGCAGCUCAUGGCUCCUAAGAUCAUCAUGCCAGACAUCAUGACGUUCAGAGCUGGAUCCAAGAUGGUGGUUGAGGCCAUUGUGGCAGGUAAACCCCCUCCCAUCUGCAAGUGGAAGCAAGGCAACGAGGAUGUGCUGACCUCUGACCGGCUGUCUGUUGUAAAGACGCUGACAUCCUGCACGCUUAUCAUCAAGAAUGUGACGAGAAAGGACAGCGGCUACUACAGCCUGUCAGCUGAAAACAGCACCGGCAAGGUCAACCAGAUCCUCAGAGUCACCAUCAUGGACAUUCCUGGACCCCCUGAAGCUCCUCUAGAGAUCACUGAACAGGACAUUGAUGCCUGCACGCUGCUCUGGAACCCUCCACCGGAGGAUGGCGGCAGCAACAUCACCAACUAUAUUGUUGAGAAGUGUGACAUCAGCCAGGGUGACUGGAUCACCAUGUCCCCAUCCUGCACCAAAACCAGCUUCAGAGUUACCAAACUGACACCUGGCAAAGAGUAUGGCUUCAGAGUCCGUGCUGAGAACAGGUUCGGCAUCGGUGCACCCAUCUACUCUGAGAGGAUGAUUGCAAAAUAUCCAUUUGAUCCUCCCAGCGAGCCCAGAAACCUGCAGAUCAACAAGGUCUUCAAGGACUUCGUCAUCCUGUCAUGGGAGCGUCCCAGCAAUGACGGUGGAACCCCCAUCACUGGAUACUGCAUCGAGAAGAAGGAGAGGAACAGCAUCCUGUGGGUGAAGGCCAACGAGUCCAUGGUCAAAGCCACCCAGUACACCUGCAGCGGCCUGAUGGAGGGCCUGGAGUACACCUUCAGGGUGUCGGCACACAACUUGGCUGGACAGGGCAAACCCUGCAAGCAGACUGACUUCAUCACCGCCAGGACUGCAGUUGACCCACCAGGUAAGCCCGAGCCCAUGGAUGUGACCAAGAACUCUGUCUUGCUUGUCUGGGGCCGUCCCAAGCAUGACGGUGGCAGCAAGCUGAUUGGCUACUUCAUGGAGUACAUGAAGCCUCCAGAGGAAAAGUGGGUACGCUGCAAUGCCAACUGCAUGAACAUCCAGACGGAAAGCUACGUGGUGAGCGGCCUGGAGGAGGGUCAGCGGUACCAGUUCAGAGUCAUCGCCAAGACGGCCAUCAAUACCAGCCUGCCAUCAGAGCUGUCCGACCCCAUUGCCAUCAUUGCAGAGAACGUUCCUCCUCGUGUGGAGCUUGGUGUCAAUAUGAAGAACCUGAUUGUGGUUAAAGCUGGAGAGAACAUCUCCCUGGAUGCUGAGGUGUUUGGCAAGCCACUACCCAAGGUUAGCUGGAAGAGAGACGGCGUGCCUCUGGUUCUCGCCGAAGGAAUGAAGAUGAGCCAGAAGAAACAUGUCCACCUGCUGGACCUGUUCUGUGUCACCAGGAAGGAAUCUGGAGACUACACCAUCACUGCUGAGAAUGCCCAUGGCUCCAAGUACGCCACCAUCAAGGUCAAGGUGCUUGAUAAACCAGGGCCCCCGGCCUCAAUCAAAAUCAGUAAGGUGUUUGCUGACCGCGUUAAGCUGCGAUGGGAGCCCCCACUCGCAGAUGGUGGCUCUGAGAUCACCAACUACAUCAUCGAGAAGCGUGAGACCAGCAGAGCCAACUGGGCGCUGGUCACCUCCAACAUCCAUGGACAUAUCACAGACACCUCAGUGGAGAAACUCAUUGAAGGACAUGAGUAUCAGUUCAGAGUCAGCGCUGAGAACCAGUAUGGUGUGGGAGAUGUCAUCAUGACAGACCCUGUCAUGGUCAAGAACCCGUACGAUGUUCCCGGUCCAUGCGAGCCACCCGUCAUCACCAACAUCACUAAGGACUCCAUGACAGUGAGCUGGAAGGCUCCAGCCAACGAUGGCAAAUCCCCCAUCCUGGGCUACAUGGUGGAGAAACGUGAAGCCACUGAGCUGACCUGGGCUAAGGUCAACCGCCGGCCGGUCAUCGACAGGACCAUCAAGGCCGCUCAACUGACAGAGGGCUCUGAGUAUGAGUUCAGAGUCAUUGCCAUUAACAAGGCCGGUCUGGGCAAACCCAGUGACGCAUCUAACGCUGCACUGGCUGUUGAUCCAGUCUAUCCUCCUGGCCCACCUGCCUUCCCCAAGGUGGUGGACUCUACCAAGAGCUCCAUCAGCCUCAGCUGGACCAAACCAGCGUACGACGGUGGCUGCGAGAUCAUCGGCUACCUGGUGGAGUGCAAGAGAGUUGACGCAGAGCACUGGAAUAAGUGCAACAUCCCGAAAAAGCUCCAGGCCACCAAGUUCCUGGUGACAGGCCUGAUGGACAACACUGAGUACCAGUUCAGAGUUAAAGCCGUCAACAAGAUCGGUAUCAGCGAGCCCAGUGAAGUCCCUGGAAACCACAUGCCCAAGGACAUCCUGAUCGCUCCUGAAGCUGAGCUGGACGCUGACCUAAGAAAGGCUUUGGUUCUUAGAGCCGGAGUUACCCUGAGGCUCUACGUCCCAUUGAGAGGACGCCCGGCGCCGAAGGUGACGUGGACGAAGGUGGACGCUAACCUGAAGGAUAGGCAGGGUGUGCUGAUUAAAACAUCAGAAUGGGACACCCUGCUGAUGAUUGAGGACAUUACCAGAUACGAUGCUGGCAAAUAUGUCCUGUCGCUGGAGAACAGCAGCGGCGCCAAGAGCUACACCAUUGUGGUCAAGGUCCUCGAUUCUCCCGGACCACCCCAGAACCUGACUGUGAAGGAGACCUCCAGGAGCCACGCCUUCAUCACCUGGGACGCCCCGCUGAUUGACGGUGGCAGCCCAGUCAAGAACUACAUCGUAGAGAAGCGCCUGGCAGAAAGAAAGGCCUGGACCUGUGUGGCGCCAAACUGCCACAAGAUGUCCUACAGGAUCACAAACCUGGAGGCGGGACAGGCCUACUGCUUCAGAGUGCUGGCUGAAAACGCCUACGGCAUCGGAGAGGGCUGCGAGACUGCCGGCAGCGUCCGAGCCUCAGAGCAACCUGGUCCAGUGAUGGAUUUCAAAGCCAAGAAGACCACCAAGAACUCGAUUGUCCUGGCCUGGAAGAAGCCCAUCAGCGACGGAGGAAGCUACGUUUCUGCUUAUAUCCUGGAGCAGAGCGAAGGCGAGGAGAAGUGGAAACAAAUCAUGAAGGGAAAGAACACCACACACACCAUCAGCGAGCUGACUGAGGGCAAGGAGUACUUGUUCAGAGUCAAGGCACUCAAUGAGUCCGGAGAGGGACCACCCACUGAGCUUGCUGUCGUUGCCAAGGACCAGUUUGUGCUGCCUGACUGCAACUUGAGUAAUCUGCAUGACGGUUGCUACGUGGUGAAGGAGGGUAGCACCACGCGCAUCAACAUCCCCCUCAUUGGAAUACCUCUCCCCACUGCUACCUGGAAGAGGGGCGAUGUGGGGCUUGGCGACACUGGCCGAAUGUGCGUGGAGGCAUCCCAUGGUGUCACCACUCUGCUGAUCAGAGACUGCCAGAGAGGAGAUGCCGAGACCUACACCAUCAAUGUCAAGAACAGCGCUGGCUCCAAGGACUGCAAGUUCCAGCUGAAGGUGGUUGGUAAGCCUGGCAUCUGUACUGGACCCAUUAAGUUUGACGAGAUCACUGCCGAUGCCAUGACCCUGGAGUGGGGACCGCCUGCAGAUGAUGGUGGUGCAGAAGUGUCCAACUACAUUGUGGAGAAGAGGAGGACAACAGACAACAAGUGGGCCACAGUGGCUUCAGCUAUUCAAAAGACCACCAUGAGGGUGAUCAGGCUCCAUGAGGGAAUAGAGUACAUCUUUAGAGUGUUUGCUGAGAACAAGUAUGGAGUUGGAGAGUAUCUGAGGUCUGACCCAGUCAUUGCCCAGCAUCCAUUUGAUGUGCCUGGGGCACCUGCUCCUCCAGAAAUAGCGAGCAUCCGCCAUGAGUCAGCCAUCUUGACUUGGGCUGAUCCAAAGGACAGCGGUGGCUCCCCAGUUACUGGAUAUCAUGUGGAGUUCAAGGAGAGGAACAGUCUGAUGUGGAAACGGGCCACUAAGACUCCUCUGAGACUGAAGGAGUGCAGAGUUACUGGCCUGAUCGAGGGACUAGAGUAUGAGUUCAGGGUGAUGGCCAUGAACAUGGCCGGCUUAGGAAAGCCAAGCAGGGUUACUGAGGCUGUGGUUGCCCUUGAUCCUAUUGAUCCUCCUGGCAAGCCUGAAGUGAUUAAUGUCACCAGGACCACAGUCACUCUGAUAUGGACUGCUCCCAAAUAUGAUGGUGGCCACAAGCUUACUGGCUACGUGGUGGAGAAGCUGGAGGCUGGUGGCAAGACCUGGAUGAAGGCCAAUCAUGUUAACAUCCAGAUUUGUGCCUUCACUGUCAGUGACCUGACAGACGGAGCUCAGUAUCAGUUCAGGAUAAGGGCCAAGAAUUCUGCCGGCGCUAUCAGUCCUCCUUCAGAGGUUACUGAGCUUCUGACCUGCAAGGAUGAGUAUGAGCCACCCACCAUCACCAUUGACCCAGACAUGAAGGACGGUGUAUCAGUCAAGGCAGGAGACACCAUUGUGAUCUCAGCCUCCAAGAUUGUGGGCAAACCUCCACCCACUGCUGUCUGGUCGAAGGGAGGCCGUGAGUUCAAGACCUCUGACAUUGUCACCAUCACUAGCACCCCAACCUCCUCCACUCUUGCUAUCAAGUACGCAAGCCGGAAGAACACAGGAGAAUACACCAUCACUGCCAGCAAUCCCUUUGGCAUUAAGGAAGAACAUGUAAAGGUGAAGGUCCUUGAUGUGCCUGGAGCUCCAGGCCCCAUCGAAGCCAGUAACAUUUCAGCUGAGAAGUGUACUCUGACCUGGCUUCCACCAGAGGAGGAUGGAGGCUCCGCUAUCAAGUCCUACACCCUUGAAAAGAGAGAGACCAGCCGCCUGCAGUGGACCAAGUUAGCUGAAAACAUUGUGGACUGCAGACAUGUAGCCCACAAACUGAUCAAGGGCAACGAGUACAUCUUCAGGGUGUUUGCUGUGAACCAGUAUGGCAUCGGAGACUCAAGCCAGUCUGGUCCAAUCAAAAUGGUUGACAGUUUCAGCCCACCAGGCCCACCCUCAGUCCCAGAGAUUGAUAACGUCAGUAGGAACGCUGUCACCAUUUCAUGGAAGAGACCAGUACAGGAUGGAGGAAGUGACAUUAGAGGAUAUUGUGUCGAGAGGAAAGAGAGGAAAGGAAUGCGAUGGGUGAGAGCCUCUAAGAGGACAAUCCCUGACCUUCGCUUUAAGGUGCAGGGCCUAACUGAGGGAGUAGAGUAUGAGUUUAGAGUCACUGCUGAGAACAAGGCUGGAUUUGGGGAGCCAAGUGAGCCCACACACCCUGUGAUGACCAAGGACAUUGUGUAUCCACCUGGUCCUCCAUCCAACGCCAGAAUUACAGACACCACAAGAACCACAGCUACCUUCGCCUGGGGCAAACCCCACUAUGAUGGUGGUCUUGAUGUAGAGGGAUAUAUUGUUGAGUACAAAAAGGAGGGACAUGAUGACUGGGAAGUGGAGACACAGUAUCCAGUAAAAAAUACUGAAUAUGUUAUUGGUAAACUUCAAAAAGGAGGCAAAUACCAUUUCAGGGUCAGCGCUAUAAACUCAGAGGGCGUUGGCGAACCUGCAGAGAUUGAGAAAGUGACUGAACUGGUGGACCAGGAGUCUUUGCCAGACUUUGAGCUGGAUGCUGAAUUAAGGAGAACCCUGGUGGUCAGGUGCCGUGCUUCAAUCCGUAUGUUUGUUCCCAUCAAGGGUCGUCCUGUUCCUGAAGUAACCUGGAGCAAAGAUGAUACCAACCUGAAAACACGUGCACACAUUGACACCACAGAGUCCUACACUCUGCUGGUUAUUCCUGACUGCACUCGAUACGAUGCUGGAAAAUACAACCUGUGUCUGGAGAAUGUUGCUGGAAAGAAAACCGGCUUUGUUAAUGUGAGAGUUUUGGACACUCCAGGACCACCAGUCAACGUCAAGCCGAGAGAGAUCACCAAGAACAGUAUCACCCUCCAGUGGGAAAUCCCUAUAAUCGAUGGUGGUUCUAAGAUUAAGAACUAUGUUAUUGAAAAGAGAGAGGCUACCAAGAAAGCCUACACAGUGCUUAGCACUACAUGGCAGAAGUGUUCCUUCAAGUUUACAGACCUUGAGGAGGGAGCUUACUACUAUUUCCGUAUCUCUGCUGAGAAUGACCUGGGUGUAGGCGAGCCCGCUGAAUCCCCUGAACCAAUCAGGGUGUCCCAGGCCCCAUCUCCACCAGAAAACUUGUAUGUCACAGAUGUGACAGCUGACAGUGCCAGCCUGGCAUGGACCAAGCCCUUGCAUGAUGGUGGCAGCUUGAUCACUGGAUACGUCAUUGAGGCCCAGAAGAAGGAUACUGACCAGUGGGUCCAUGUGGCCACCAUAAAGGCUCUGGACUACAUUGUAACAGAUCUGAUUGAGGGUGCAGAAUAUACCUUCCGCAUAAUGGCUGUCAAUGCAUCAGGCAGGAGUGACCCACGUGAAAGCAGGCCUGCUAUUAUCAAAGAGCAGACUUCUCCUCCUUCAUUUGACUUGCGUGGAGUCUAUCAGAAGACGGUUAUUGUCAAGGCAGGGGACCGUGUCAAGGUGGAGAUUCCAGUGCUGGGCAAACCCAGACCUGUGGUUUCCUGGAAGAAGGGAGACAUAACACUCAGGGAGACACAGAGAAUCAACACUGAAGUCACACCAACAUCGACUAUCCUCAACAUUAAUGAGAUCAAGAGGACUGAUGCAGGCCAGUAUUCUAUGACUGGAAAGAACAUGCUGGGUACAGUGACUGAGACGAUCACAGUCCUGGUCCAUGACAUUCCAGGUCCUCCCACUGGUCCCAUCAAGGUGGAAGAGGUCUCCUGUGAUUAUGCUCUCAUAUCCUGGGAGGCACCAGAAAGUGAUGGAGGUGUUCCCAUCAACAACUAUAUUGUUGAGAUGCGGGAGACUACUGGUACUUCCUGGGUGGAGUUGGCAGCUACAGUAAUCCGCACCACAUUUAAAGCAGCCAGACUCAAUACUGGAACUCAAUAUCAGUUCCGUGUCAAGGCCCAGAACAGAUAUGGCAUUGGACCAAGCAUUAUCUCUGAGCCAGUGGUUGCUGCCUAUCCAUUUGAUGUGCCAGGCCAGCCAGGCAUUCCUGUGGUCACAUCUUUUAACAAGGAUGCUAUGACUCUGAGCUGGAAUGAGCCUUCCUCUGAUGGAGGCAGUCCCAUCCUUGGCUAUCAUGUGGACAGAAAAGAGAAAAACAGCAUUCUAUGGCAGAGGAUCAGCAAAGCUCUUGUUAUCGGAAAUAUCUUCAAAUCAACAGGCCUCGUUGAUGGAAUUGCAUAUGAACACCGUGUUACUGCUGAAAACAUGGCCGGUCUCAGCAAACCAAGCAAACCCUCUGAGCCUAUGUAUGCUUUGGACCCAGUUGACGCACCAGGCAGGCCUGUGGCAUUGAAUAUUACCAGACAUGAGGUGACAGUGUCAUGGACCAAACCAGAAGGAGAUGGUGGAUUUUCCAUCACUGGAUACACAGUAGAGAGGAGAGAGAUGCCCAAUGGACGUUGGCUCAAAGCCAACUUCAACAACAUCCUAGAAACCAUCUACACAGUCAGUGGUCUGACCGAAGAUGCAACUUAUGAAUUCCGUGUGUUUGCUAGAAAUUCAGCUGGUGCUGUUAGUGCUCCAUCCCAGCCAUCAGAGGCAAUCACAUGCAGAGAUGACCUUGAAGAGCCCAGGCUUGAUGUUGACGCAUUGUAUAGCAGCAAUGUUAUUGUCAUGGCAGGAGAGGUAUUCAAGCUGGAGGCCAGUGUGACUGGCAGGCCCCUCCCAUCUCUGGUAUGGACCAAGGAAGGAAAGGAGCUUGAGGAUACAGCCAAGAUAGAGAUAAAGACAACAGACUUCCACACAACUCUGGUAAACAAAGAUUCCCUGAGAAGAGAUGGAGGUGCUUAUACUCUGACUGCCAGCAAUCCCGGUGGCUUUGCAAAGUUCACCUUUAAUGUCAAGGUGCUCGACAGACCUGGACCACCAGACUCCCUCACUGUUACUGACGUCACUGCUGAGAAAUGUGUCCUUAACUGGCUGCAUCCAACACAUGAUGGUGGUGCCAAGAUCGAAUACUUUAUCAUUCAGAGGCGUGAGACCAGUAGGUUGGCAUGGACAAAUGUGGCCACAGACCUUCAGGCGAACAGGUUCAAGGUCACCAAGCUUCUGAAGGGCAACGAGUACAUCUUUAGAGUCAUGGCUGUUAACAAGUAUGGUGUAGGUGAACCCCGGGAGUCUGAACCUAUCAUUUGUACCAACCCCUAUGUCCCCAGUGACCCACCACAGCAGCCUGAAGUUACCACCAUUACCAAGGACUCCAUGGUUGUCUGCUGGGAGCGCCCUGAACACGAUGGAGGCAGCAGUAUAAACACCUACAUAAUUGAGAGAAGGGAUAAGACUGGCCUGCGCUGGGUAAAGUGCAACAAGAGGACUGUAACUGACCUGCGAUUCAAGGCCUCUGGCCUCACACCUGGACAUGAGUAUGAAUUCAGAGUUUUUGCACAGAAUAAUGCUGGUCUAAGCCAGCCUAGUCCUUCGAGUCCAUUCUACAAAGCUGAGGACACCAUCUUCCAGCCUGGACCUCCAGGGAAUCCCAGAGUUCUUGACACAACCAAGUCUUCCAUUACCCUUGCCUGGAACAAACCUGUCUAUGAUGGCGGUUCUGAAAUCACUGGUUACAUAGUGGAGACCUGCCUUCCUGAGGAGGAUGAGUGGACUAUUCACACUCCCAAAAAGGGAUGGGUAGCCACUUCCUUUACCAUCACCAACUUGAAAGAAAACCAGGAGUACAAAAUCAACAUCUGUGCCACUAAUUGUGAGGGAGUGGGAGAGCCUGCUGCUGUUCCUGGAACCCCUAAGGCUGAAGACAGAUUGCUUCCUCCAGAAAUUGAACUUGGAGCAGAGCUGCGUAAGGUGGUCUGCAUCCGAGCCUGUAGCACACUCAGACUCUUUGUUCCCAUUAAGGGUAGACCAGUACCUGAAGUUAAAUGGUCAAGAGAGCAUGGAGAAUCUCUGGACCGAGCUAACAUUGAAAUCACUUCAUCAUUCACCACCCUUCAGAUAGACAAUGUUGACAGAUUUGAUGCAGGUAAAUACAUAGUGACUGUGGAGAAUGCCUCGGGAAGUAAAUCAGCCUUUGUUAAUGUCAGGGUGCUAGACACUCCCGGAGCACCACAGAACCUGAUUGUCAAGGAGGUCACUAAAGAUUCAGUUUCCCUUGUUUGGGAUGCACCUCUCAUUGAUGGUGGCUCCAGGGUCCGCAGCUACAUUGUUGAGAAGCGUGAGUCAACCAGAAAGGCCUACUCAACAGUCUGUGCCAGCUGCCCUAAGUCUAGUUGGAAGGUUGGUAACUUGGAGGAAGGAAAGAUGUACUCUUUCAGAGUCCUGGCUGAGAAUGAAUUUGGCAUUGGCCUCCCAGUAGAGACUGUUGAACCAAUUAAAGUGUCUGAGAAACCUCUACCACCAGGCAAAGUGUCUGUUCGUGAAGUUACCAGCUCCAGCGUCACACUAACUUGGGAAAAGCCUGACCAUGAUGGUGGCAGCAGAAUCACAGGGUACAUUGUUGAAAUGCAGGGUAAAGGCAGUGAGAAAUGGACCCAGGUCAUGGUGGUAAAGACCAAUGAGGCUGUUGUAACUGGCCUUACACGGGGAGAGGAGUACAUGUUCCGUAUCUCAGCCACCAAUGAAAAGGGAGUUAGUGACCCACGUCCACUCAAUGUGCCUGUUGUGGCUAAAGACCUAGUCAUCUCACCAACCUUCAAACUUCUUUUCAGCACAUUUAGUGUGCUAGCAGGAGAUGAUCUGAAGAUAGAUGUACCAUAUGUUGCCUGUCCCAAGGCUACAGCAACUUGGCUCAAAGAUGGUGUUGCUCUCAAGGAGACAACAAGAGUUAAUGCUGAAGCCACUGACAAAAACCUUCUCCUGGUUAUUAGGGAUGCUUGCAGAGAUGAUGUGGGCACAUAUACUGUCAAACUGAACAAUAUAGCUGGAGAGGCAUCAACAGACAUCAGUGUUGUUGUUCUAGAUAAGCCUGGACCCCCAACUGGCCCAAUUAAGCUGGAUGAAGUCACUGCUGACAGUGUGGUCCUUUCCUGGAAUCCACCAGAGUAUGACGGCGGUUGUACUAUCAACAAUUACAUUGUUGAAAAGAGAGAUACAUCUACCACUAACUGGCAGAUUGUCUCAGCUACUGUGGCCAGAACCACUAUAAAGGCAGCCCGUCUUAAGACUGGAGUUGAGUACCAGUUUAGAAUUGCUGCAGAGAAUAGAUAUGGCAAGUCCUCAGUGCUGGUUUCUGAUACCAUUGUUGCUCAGUAUCCAUUUGAAGUACCUAGCUCACCACGUUCUGUUGUGGUCCAGUCAGCCACCAAGGAGAGUAUGGUGGUUGUAUGGGAGAAACCUAGCAAUGAUGGCGGAAGCAAAAUUCUGGGCUACCACUUGGAGCUUAAAGAGAGAAACAGUAUACUGUGGGUGAAACAGAAUAAACAACUUAUCCCAGAGACCAGAUUUAAGGUUGUUGGCCUUGAGGAGGGUAUCGAUUAUGAGUUCAGAGUCUAUGCUGAGAACAUUGUUGGUGUCAGCAAAGCCAGCAAAGUGAGUGAAAUGCAAGUGGCCAGAGAUCCUUGUAACAGACCAGGAAAACCAGAGGCUGUGAUUGUCACAAGAAGCCAAGUGACACUCAGAUGGACUAAACCUGAAUACGAUGCAGGCAUCAAGAUCACAGGCUAUGUGGUUGAGAAAAAGGAAGGAGCUGGCCGAUGGAUGAAGGCUAGUUUCGCCAACAUCUUAGAGACAGAAUUUGUUGUCACAGGACUUACUGAGGAUCAGAUUUAUGAGUUCCGUGUCAUCGCCAGAAAUGCAGCAGGUGUCUUCAGCCAGCCAUCUGAUUCUACUGGAGCCAUCACUGCCAAGGAUGAGGUGGAUCCGCCCAGGAUUGACUUAGAUACUAAGUACUCCCAGGCUGUGGUGGUAAACGCUGGAGAGACAUUUAGGCUUGAGGCUGCUAUCUAUGGUAAGCCUGUGCCCACAGUACACUGGCUGAAGGAGGGCCAAGAAAUUACUGAAGCAGCUCGCUUAGAGCUCAAGAACACAGACUUCACAGCUUGUCUAGUUGUUAAAGAAGCUAUCCGUGUUGAUGGAGGUCAGUACACUUUACUCAUAAAGAAUGUUGGAGGAGAGAAAUCUAUUAACAUUAAUGUAAAGGUCCUAGACAGACCAGGUCCACCUGAAGGCCCUAUCUCCAUCUAUGGGGUCACCAGUGAGAAAUGCUCCAUUGCCUGGAAACCUCCCUUGCAAGAUGGAGGUAGCGAUGUUUCCUAUUACAUUGUUGAGAGAAGGGAAACCAGCCGACUAGUAUGGACAGUAGUUGAACCAAAAGUUCAGGCACUAAACCUGAAGAUCACAAAACUUCUUCCUGGUAAUGAGUACAUAUUUAGAGUGAUUCCUGUCAACAAAUAUGGAGUUGGUGAGCCUCUGGAAUCUGAGUCAAUGGUUGCCAAAAAUCCAUUUGUCACUCCCAGCCCACCAACAGAGGUAGAAGUCUCCACAAUCACCAAAGACUCCAUGGUAGUGACCUGGGAGAGACCAACUAAUGAUGGUGGCAGUCCUAUCCAGGGAUACAUUGUUGAGAAACGUGACAAGGACGGUGUGAGAUGGACUAGAUGCAAUAAGCGCACAGUGAGUGAGCUGCGCUUCAGAGUAACAGGCCUCCUAGAAAACCACAGCUAUGAAUUCAGAGUUGCUGCUGAAAAUGCUGCAGGUGUUGGCACACCUAGUGCACCAACAGUGUACUACAAAGCAUUGGAUCCUAUCUUCAAAGCAGGUCCACCAAACAACCCCAAGGUGGUGGACACAUCUAGGUCCACUGUUUCCCUGACAUGGGGCAAACCUAUCUAUGAUGGUGGUUGUGAGAUUCAGGGUUACAUUGUUGAGGCCUGCAAUACAGUAACUGAUGAGUGGUUUAUGUGCACUCCUCCAACUGGCAUCAAGGACACUAAGUUUACAGUGAAAAAGCUUCUUGAGAAGCACGAGUACCAAUUCAGAGUGUGUGCCAUCAACAAAGUUGGUGUUGGAGAGCAUGCUGAUGUUCCAGGAAAAAUUCUACUGGAGGAGAAGCUUGAGGCUCCCGAUCUUGACCUGGAUGCUGAUAUGAGAAAGAUGAUCAACAUAAGAGCAGCAAGUACUCUCAGGUUGUUUGUUCCUGUGAGAGGUCGCCCAGCUCCUGAGGUGAAAUGGGGCAAGGCUGAGGGCGAGAUUAAGGAGACUGCCCAGAUUGACUGUACGGGCAACUAUGCUUCACUUGUCAUCGAGAAUGUUGACAUAUUUGACACUGGCAAGUACACCCUGACUGCAGAGAAUGCCAGCGGAGUCAAGUCAGUCUUUAUCAGUGUCAGAGUCCAGGACGCACCUAGUUCACCAACUAACUUGUUGGUGAAAGAGAUUACAAAGAAUUCUGUCACUCUCACAUGGGAGCCUCCACUUCUGGAUGGUGGCUCAAAGAUAAAGCAUUAUAUCGUUGAAAAGCGUGAGAGCACUAGGAAAGUUUAUUCUCAAGUUACCACCUGUAACAGGAUGUCAUGGAAAGUUGAGCCUCUUCCAGAAGGUGGAAUCUUCUUUUUCAGAGUCCUUGCUGAAAAUGAAUAUGGUGUGGGUCUCCCCAUUAAAACUACAGAACCAAUUAAGAUAUCUGAAAAGCCUCAGCCACCUGGUAAAGUCAGUGUUGUUGACGUCACUCGUAACUCUGUGACUCUAAGCUGGGAGAAGCCUGAGCAUGAUGGCGGCAGUAGGAUCAGUUACUAUGAAAUUGAACUGGCACCUAAGGACAGUGAAACUUGGUCUGUGUGCGCUAGUGGGAAGGCACUGGAAGCUGUAGUGACAAAUCUACUUAAGGGAGAGGAGUAUCAGUUCAGAGUUAUUGCUGUAAACGACAAAGGUAAAAGUGACCCCAGACAACUGGUUCAAACAGUUGUAGCAAGGGACCUUGUGAUUGAGCCUGCUGUUAGACCCAAAAUGAGCACCUACCAUGUCCAGGUGGGGUAUGAUCUCAAGAUAGAGGUCCCAGUUGCUGGUCAUCCAAAACCAACUAUCACUUGGACCAAGGAUGGAGCAGCUCUCAAGCAAACCACCAGAGUCAAUGUCACUGACUCACCACGUCUCACCACUCUCACCAUAAAGGACGCUACCAAGGAGGAUGGAGGCAUGUACAGCAUCAAUGUUACCAAUGCCCUGGGUUCCAAGGAUGCUACAAUUGAAGUGAUCACCCUGGACAAACCAGGUCCACCAACAGGCCCUGUCAAAUUGGAGGACAUCAGUGCUGAGAGUAUUACUCUCAGCUGGGAUUCUCCUACAUAUACAGGUGGCUGCCCAAUCUCCAAUUACGUGGUUGAGAAGAGAGAUACAACCACAACCAACUGGGUGGUUGUAUCCGCCACUGUGGCCAGAACCACACUAAAAGUGACCAAUCUGAAGACAGGCAGUGAAUACCAGUUCAGAAUCUAUGCUGAGAAUAGAUAUGGAAGGAGUUAUGCAAUUGAUUCAGAGCCUGUUGUAGCACAGUACCCAUUCCAGGAGCCUGGCCCACCAGGAACACCAUUUGUAUCUUCAUAUGCAAAAGACUAUAUGGUGGUUGAGUGGCACAAACCCCCAUCUGAUGGAGGCAGUGCCAUUUUAGGCUAUCAUCUGGAGAGGAAAGAGAAGAACAGUAUCCUCUGGACCAAGAUCAACAAAAUGCUCAUCCAAGAUUGCAGGUUCAAAUCUACUCCUCUUGAGGAAGGCAUUGAGUAUGAGUACAGAGUUUAUGCAGAGAAUAUUGUUGGCAUUGGAAAAUGCAGCAAAGUCUCUGAAGUUUAUGUAGCCCGCGACCCAUGUUAUCCUCCUGGCCGUCCUGAUGCUGUGAUCGUGACCAGGCACUCAGUGAAGCUGAGAUGGACCCCUCCAGAGUAUGAUGGUGGAAGCUUGGUUACUGGCUAUGUAGUGGAGAAACGUGACCUUCCUGAAGGAAAGUGGAUGAAGGCCAGCUUUGCAAACGUCAUUGAACAUGAAUUCACAGUUACUGGUCUGGCAGAAGACAGUAAAUAUGAUUUCAGAGUAAUUGCAAGGAAUGCAGCCGGUGCUGUCAGCAAGCCCUCAGAAAGCACAGGAUCCAUCACAGCCAAGGAUGAAGUUGACCCACCUAAGUGUGAGACAGAUCCUAUGUACAACCAGACCAUUGUUAUCAAUGCUGGAGAGACUUUCAGUCUGGAGGCCAGUGUGGAAGGAAAGCCCAUCCCCACAGCUCAGUGGUUCAAGGGAAGUGUUGAAGUUGAAAACUCAGCAAGAGCUGAGAUCAAAAAUACAGAUUUCAAGGCUUUGCUGGUUGUGAAGGAUGCUAUCAGAGUGGAUGGCGGACAGUACACGCUGGUUCUAACUAAUGUGGCUGGAACUAAGACUGUUCCAUUCAGUGUAAAGGUCCUGGAUAGACCAGGCCCCUCAGAGGGACCUAUUACUGUCAGCAAUGUCACUGAGGAGAAGUGUUCACUGUCAUGGCUGCCUCCCAGGCACGAUGGAGGAGCUAGCAUUUCUCACUACAUCAUUCAGAAGAGAGAAACCAGUCGCUUGGCAUGGACUGUGGUCUCCAGUGAUUGUGUAGCUACCAUGAUUAAGGUUACCAAACUGUUGAAGGGCAAUGAGUACAUCUUCAGAGUCAUGGCUGUUAACAAAUAUGGUGUGGGCGAGCCUCUUGAGUCAGCAGCAGUUAUCAUGAGAAAUCCGUUUGUUCCUCCUGGCUCACCUCAGGAGUUGGAGAUCACCAACAUUACUAGGGACUCCAUGACUGUCUGCUGGAACCGCCCUCAGACCACUGGAGGCAGUGAGAUUGUUGGUUAUAUUGUUGAGAAGAGAGACAGAGCUGGAGUGAGAUGGACCAAGUGCAACAAACGCAGAGUGACAGACUUGCGUUUCAGAGUAACAGGACUGACUGAGGACCAUGAGUAUGAAUUCAGGGUAUCUGCUGAGAAUGCUGCUGGAGUGGGUCAACCAAGCCCACCUACACCAUACCUCAAAGCCUGUGACCCCAGCUUUGAACCUGGUUGUCCUUCCAAUGUCCAUGUGGUCGACACGGCCAAAGACACCAUCACUGUAGCCUGGCACCGGCCUAUCUAUGAUGGUGGUUGUGAGAUUCAAGGAUACGCAGUGGAAAUUACCAAGGCUGAUGAGGAGGAGUGGACCAUAUGCACCCCACCCAUGGGAGUUAAUGCAACCAAGUUUACCAUCAAAAAGUUGAUAGAGCACCAGGAAUACAAGGUGCGCAUAUGUGCCAUCAAUAAGCUUGGUGUUGGUGAGCCCACUGAGCUCGAGGGAGUUGUGAAACCUUUGGAUAAGAUUGAUCCUCCAGAGAUGAUUUUAGAUUCAGAGCUCAGGAAGGGAAUAGUUGUCCGUGCAGGAGGCUCAAUGAGAAUCUGCAUUCCAUUCAAGGGCCGUCCUACUCCUGAGAUCACCUGGGCCAAGGAGGAUGGAGAACUGCCCACUAAAGUUCAGAUAGAGAGUGGUGAAGAAUAUACACAGCUCUCCAUCGACAUCUGUGACAAAUAUGAUGCUGGCAAAUACAUCCUCACAUUGGAAAAUAGUGCUGGCACCAAAUCAGCCUUUGUCUCAGUUAGAGUUCUGGACACUCCGGGGGCUCCUCUGAAUCUAACAGUUAAAGAUAUUAAGAGAGAAAGCGUCACUCUGACCUGGGAGCCUCCUCUUAUUGAUGGUGGUGCAAGAAUCAAGAAUUACUUGGUUGAAAAGCGUGAGUCUACCAGAACAGUUUACUCUAACGUGGACAACAAGUGCACAAAGACAAGCUACCGUGUCACUGGCCUCACUGAGGGAACUAUCUACUAUUUCAGAGUCUUAGCAGAGAAUGAGUUUGGCGUGGGACAGGCAGCUGAGACAGAGGACUCAGUUAAGACCUCUGAGCCUCCUCUGUCAGUGGGUAAGGUCACUUUGACUGAAGUCACCAAAAAAUCUGCCUCACUCUCUUGGGAGAAGCCAGACCAUGAUGGAGGCAGCAGGAUCAUGGGCUACUACAUUGAGAUGCAGCCUGUGGGUUCAGAGGAAUGGGUGGUGGCCGCCACAACCAAAACUUGCGACGGCACUGUUACAGGCCUUAGCCCAGGCCAUGAGUAUCUGUUUAGAGUGUCAGCUUUCAAUGAGAAGGGCAAGAGUGACCCCAGGCCUCUGGCUGCCCCAGUCACGGCUAAAGACGUAACUAUUGAGCCCAGAUUCAAGAUGACAUUCAACACUUACAGUGUACAGAAUGGUGAGGAUCUGAAGAUUGAGAUUCCAGUGAUUGGACGCCCUGUUCCCAAAGUUGAAUGGAAGAAGGAUGGGCAGGCUAUUAAGGAGACAACCAGACUAAAUGUAUCCAGUACACCAUCAUCUACUAAGCUGGCCAUCAAGGAUGCAAAUAGGGAAGACUCUGGUAAAUACACCAUCACCGCCACCAGCAGUGUUGGAACAGCAACAGAGGAGAUCACUGUCAUCAUUCUUGAUAAGCCUGGCCCACCCACAGGCCCUGUGAAGAUUGAGGAGGUGAGCUCUAAUUUUGUCACUUUCUCCUGGGAGCCACCAGAGUAUACUGGAGGCUGUCAGAUCAACAACUACAUUGUGGAGAAGAGAGACACCACCACGACUGCAUGGCAGAUUGUGUCUGCUACUAUUGCCAGGUCAACUAUCAAAGUCACUAACUUGAAGACUGGCACUGAGUAUCAAUUCAGAGUGUCUGCUGAGAACAGAUAUGGAAAGAGUUCUGCCAUUGUCUCUCCCACUGUUAUUGCUCAGUAUCCAUUCAGUGAGCCUGCGGCCCCAGGAACACCAGUUGUUUCUGCUGCAACCAAGGAUAACAUGGUUGUUGAGUGGAAAACUCCCACCAACAACGGAGGCAGCCCCAUCAUAGGCUAUCACCUUGAGAGAAAAGAAAAGAACAGCCUUUUGUGGACCAAACUCAAUAAGCUUUUAAUCCCAGAAACACGUUUCAAGACUACAGAGCUAGAAGAAGGUAUUGAGUAUGAAUUCAGAGUUUAUGCUGAGAACAUUGCUGGACUUAGCCCAGCUAGCAAGGUCUCUGAGAGCACAGUAGCCAGGGACCCCUGUGACCCACCAGGCACUCCUGAGGCUAUUAAUAUCACCAGAAAUCUUGUAACACUUCAGUGGACUAGGCCUCAGUAUGAUGGAGGCAGUGCAAUCACUGGCUAUUUGAUCGAGAGGAGGAAGCACCCAGAUACCCGCUGGAUGAAGGCCAGCUUCACCAACAUCAUUGAUACGCAGUACACACUCACUGGCCUGACUGAGGACUGUGUUUAUGAAUUCAGAGUCAUUGCCAGGAACGCUGCUGGCAUUUCCAGCCGACCCUCUCAGAGCACAGGAGAAAUCACAGCCAAAGAUGAAAUUGUGGCUCCGGAGGCCACUUUGGAUUCUAAAUUCAAGGAUACGACUGUUGUUAAUGCUGGUGAGACUUUUGUCAUUGAUGCUGACUACACUGGCAAGCCUCUACCUGAAGUCAUUUGGUUAAAGGACGGAAAGGAGAUUGACAAAACCACACCAAGAAUGGAGGUUAAGACCACACUUACACGUACCAUCCUAACAGUCAAGGAUUGCAUCAGAGUGGAUGGUGGUCAUUUCACCCUCAAACUUGUCAAUGUGGGAGGAGUCAAAAUGAUCCCAAUUAAUGUUAAAGUUCUGGAUAGACCCGGACCUCCUGAUGGCCCACUAGAAGUCAAGGGGGUCACAGCCGAGAAAUGUUAUCUGCACUGGAGCCAUCCCUCACACGAUGGUGGAGCUGCUAUCUCUCACUACAUCAUUGAGAAGAGAGAGACCAGUCGUUUGUCAUGGACCAUGGUUGAGCCCAAGAUCCAGGCCAUCAGCUACAAAAUCACAAAACUGCUGCCUGGCAAUGAAUACAUCUUCAGAGUCACAGCUGUAAAUAAAUAUGGUGUUGGUGAGCCUUUGGAAUCUGAGCCUGUUAUUGCUCGUAACCCCUUCACCACUCCCAGUGCCCCCUCCACCCCAGAGCCCAGCGCUAUCACAAGGGACUCUAUAGUGCUUACAUGGGAGAGACCAGAGAAUAAUGGAGGAGCUGAGAUUGAAGGAUAUGUCCUUGAAAAACGUGAUAAGGACGGCAUCAGAUGGACCAAGUGCAACAAGAAGAGGCUGAGUGACCUAAGAUUUAGAUGCGCUGGCCUCACAGAAGGCCACUCUUAUGAAUUUAGGGUCUCGGCCGAAAAUGCUGCUGGUGUGGGAAAGCCUAGCGCACCAUCCGAAUACAUCAAGGCCUGUGAUGCCAUUUAUCCACCAGGUCCUCCAAAUAACCCCAAAGUCACUGACCAUUCGAGCACCACAGUCUCUCUGUCCUGGUCCAGGCCUAUCUACGAUGGCGGAGCACAGAUCAGUGGAUAUGUUGUUGAAAGGAAGGAAGCAGGAGAUGAUGAGUGGAUAUCUUGCACAUCACCCACUGGUGUUCAGACCACUCACUACACAGUAAAGACACUGAAGGAGAAUGCAGAGUACAACUUCCGCAUCUUUGCUGUUAACUCAGAGGGAGCAGGAGAGCAUGUGGACCUACCUGGUUCUGUGAUUGCUGCAGAAAAGCUGGAGGCUCCUGAAAUUGAACUAGAUGCUGACUUAAGAAAGAUGGUUAAUAUUCGCGCCACUGCCACUUUGCGUCUGUUUGUAACAAUCAGAGGAAAGCCUGAGCCUGAGGUCAGAUGGUCAAAGGCUGAUGGCACUUUGAAUGAGCGUGCCCAGAUUGAGGUCACAAGCUCUUACACAAUGCUUGUGAUUGAGAAUGUUGAUAGAUUCGACACUGGCAAAUAUGUUCUGAACCUUGAGAACCUCAGUGGCUCUAAAUCAGCCUUCAUCAAUGUCAGAGUUCUGGAUUCCCCAAGCGCUCCUACCAACCUGGUAGUUAAGGAUGUGAAGAGAAAUUCUGUCGCUAUCUCCUGGGAGCCCCCUGUGAUCGAUGGUGGGGCUAAGAUAUCACACUAUAUUGUGGAGAAGAGAGAGCAAAAGAGAAUGGCUUUCACCAGUGUUUGCACCAACUGUGUGAGGAACUCGUACAUUAUUUCUGACCUGCAGGAGGGAGGUCGAUUCUAUUUCCGUGUGCUGGCUGUGAAUGAGCUGGGAGUAGGUCUGCCUGCCUUCACAGAUCAAGUCAAGGUGGCUGAGGCUCCUUUGCCUCCUGGGAAGGUUGUCCUGGUUGACGUGACCCGACAUACUGUCACUCUUUCAUGGGAGAAACCUGAUCAUGAUGGAGGCAGCAAGAUUACAAAAUUCAUUGUGGAGAUGCAGCCUAAGGGAGAUGACAAAUGGAGCGUGUGCAGUGAAGUAAAAGCACUUGAAGCUACUAUUGGUGGACUUGCAACUGGAGAGGAAUACUCCUUUAGAGUGACUGCUGUAAAUGAUAAGGGCAAGAGUGAUGCCAAGCCUCUUGCUACCCCUGUGGUGGUGAGGGACAUCACGGUCCAGCCCAUCAUCAACCUGUUGUAUGACACAUACAGUGUAAAAGCAGGAGAUGACCUUAAGAUUGACGUUCCCUUCAAAGGCAGACCUCAGCCUGACGUGUCUUGGAAGAAGGACGGCCAGGUACUUAAGCAGACAACCAGGGUCAAUGUUCUUAAUUCCAAGACGUCAUCCAAGAUUGUUAUUAAGGAUGCAACCAAAGAGGAUGUAGGAAAGUAUGAGAUUACUUUGACAAACUCAGUUGGGACCAAGACAGCUGAAAUAUUUGUUAUAGUCCUGGACAAACCUGGCCCACCCAGUAACAUUAAGAUGGAUGAAGUGAGUGCUGAUUUCAUCUCUCUGUCUUGGGAUCCACCAACUUAUGAUGGUGGAUGCCAAAUCAACAACUAUGUGGUGGAGAAGAGAGACACAACUACAACUGCAUGGCAGAUUGUCUCAGCCACGGUAGCCAGGACAUCUAUCAAAGUGACACGUCUCACCCAGGGAACAGAGUAUCAGUUCCGUAUUGCAGCUGAGAACCGCUAUGGCAAGAGUUCUGCUAUUGACUCUGCUCCUGUUAUUGCUCAGUAUCCCUUUGAGCCUCCUGGCCCUCCUACCAACGUCCAUGUUUCCCAUGCCACCAAGUAUGGCAUGCUUGUGGUAUGGGGCAGACCUGCCAGUGAUGGUGGCAGCCCUGUAAUUGGUUAUCACAUUGAAUGCAAAGAACAUAGCAGCAUCCUGUGGACCAAGCUCAACAGAGGUCUGCUGACUGAGAACCAGUUUAAGAUGACAGGCACUGAAGAGGGCUUGUUGUAUCAGUUCAGAGUCUAUGCUGAAAAUAUUGCUGGAAUUGGCCCAUGCACUAAACCCAGUGAGCCUGUGGCAGCCAGGGAUCCAUGUGAAUCUCCACAUAACCUUAUAGUCACCAACAUCACCAGGAACUCAGUUUCCCUCUUUUGGGAGAAGCCAGAGUAUGAUGGUGGAGUAAAGAUAACAGGCUACAUUGUGGAGCGUAGAGAACUUCCCAAUGGCCGUUGGCUUAAGUGCAACUUCACCAACCUGCAAGACACCUACUUCGAUGUCACAGGCCUCACAGAGGAUGUCCAAUAUGACUUCCAUGUCAUUGCUAAGAAUUCUGCUGAGCUGUUGAGUGCUCCCUCAGAGAGCACUGGUCCUAUCACAGUCAAGGAUGAUGUAGACCCUCCCACUAUUAUCCUGGAAGACAGGCUCAGACAGCCUGUUGUCAUUAAGGCUGGAGAGAUAAUUCGAAUUGAUGCUGAAAUCACAGGCCGUCCACUCCCAGUUGUCUCAUGGUCUAAAGACGGAAAAGAGAUUGAGGCCAAGGCUAGGUGUGAAAUCACCUCUACCAACUUCACAACCACACUUAUUGUCAGGGAUGCUAUCAGGAGGGACUCUGGACAGUAUGUCCUUACCCUGCACAAUGUGGCAGGAACCAGGUCUGUGGCUGUCAACUGUAAGGUUCUUGACAGACCUGGGCCUGCCUCAGGACCAUUGGCAGUGUCUGGCCUCACAGCAGAGAAAUGCACCAUAACAUGGGGCCCCCCUCAGGAGAAUGGUGGUGCUGAAAUCAUGCACUACAUUGUUGAGAAACGUGAGACCAGUCGCCUCGCCUGGACCCUUGUCUAUGGUGACAUGAAGGCAACCACCUGUAAAGUGACCAAGCUGCUCAAAGGAAAUGAGUACAUCUUCAGAGUCAGGGGAGUCAACAAAUAUGGGGAUGGUGAGGCCCUGGAGAGUCAGCCAGCAAAGGCAAUGGAUCCAUUCACUGUGCCUGCAGCUCCCACUAAUGUUGAGGUCACCUCAGUUACUAGUGAGGCAAUGACCAUAUGUUGGGAAAGACCAGUUUCUGACGGUGGCAGCAGUAUCUCUGGCUAUGUCAUUGAAAAGCGAGAGAAGACUGGGCUUCGCUGGUGUCGUGUCAAUAAGAAACCUGUUUACGACCUCAGAGUCAAAGCCUCACACCUUCGUGAGGGCUGUGAGUAUGAGUACAGAGUGUUUGCAGAGAACUCCGCUGGCCUUAGUGCUCCCAGCAUCCCUUGCGCACUUGUCAAGGCUGAAGACCCACAAUUCCUGCCUUCACCUCCUGCUAAGCCUAAAAUCAUUGACUCUACAAAGACCACAGUCACCCUGUCAUGGAAUAAACCACUAUUUGAUGGUGGAGCACCUGUGACUGGUUACAGAGUCAGAUACAGGAAGACUUUAGAUGAUGAAUGGUUUGUUGGAGUCCGGAAUACCACGAACACAGAGUUUACAGUGGUUGGACUGACACCUGGAGCUGAAUAUGUGUUUGUUGUCGAGUCUAUUAACAAGAUUGGAAUCAGCGAGCCCAGUCCUGAGUCAGACAAACAGGUUGCCAAAGAAAAGGAGGAGGAGCCAGUCUUUGACAUCAGCAAUGAGAUGAGGAAGACUCUUAUUGUGAAGGAUGGGAGCUCAUUCACCAUGACAGUGCCAUUUAGAGGCAAACCAAUCCCCAGUGUAACCUGGACAAAGCCUGAUGUUGACCUUAGAGUUCGUGCUGUCAUUGACACAACAGACACCUUCACCUCCAUCACCGUAGAGAAAGCAACUCGCAAUGACUCCGGCAAAUACACUGUAACCUUGUCCAGUGUAUCAGGGACUGCCUCCUUGACACUCAGUGUCAGAGUCUUAGAUUCCCCUGGACCUCCUGCCAGUAUAGACGUCAAGGAUGUAACCAAGACCUCCGCUACUGUAACCUGGGAUACUCCCGAGAAUGAAGGAGGAGGACCAGUCAAGAACUACCUUAUUGAUAUCCGUGAGGCCAGCAAGAAAGGUUGGACAAGGUUGACUGACACAUGCCACAGACUGACAUACAAGGUGACAGACUUGCAAGAGGGAGGAGUCUACUUCUUCAGAGUGACAGGCGAGAAUGAGUAUGGUGUUGGUGUUUCUGCUGAGACCAAAGAAGGAACCAAGAUUACAGAAAAACCAAGCCCACCACCAAAGCUUGGUGUGACUGAUGUGACCAAGGAGAGUGUGUCCAUAGCCUGGGCCAAACCUGAACAAGACGGAGGCAGCAGAGUCACUGGGUUCCUGGUGGAAGCUCUGGAGAAAGGCCAGGAGAAGUGGUUUAAGUGUGGUGUAACCAAGUUCACACACUUUACAGUGUCUGGUCUGAGAGAGAAUGCUGAGUACUUCUUCAGAGUCAGAGCAGAGAACCUUGCUGGCUUCAGUGAUUAUAAGGAAAUGGUUACCCCUGUUGUGGUCAAAGACCAGCUUGAAUCUCCUGAGAUCAACAUGAAGGACUUCCCCCACAACACAGUGUAUGUCAGAGCCGGCUCCACCCUUAAAUGUGAGAUCCCACUGACAGGCCGGCCUUUGCCUAAAGUCUCCCUGUCCAAGGAUAAUGUGCCGCUCAAGUCAACUAUGAGGUUCAACGCUGAAGUUACCCCUGACAGCAUCAAGAUCGCACUGCGUGAGAGCAAUGCUGGAGACUCAGGACGCUACGAUAUCACUGCCUCCAAUUCUAGUGGAACCACUAAAUCCUUUAUAAAUAUUAUCGUUUUGGACCGCCCCAGUGCCCCUGUCGGACCUGUGGAGCUGUUUGACGUUACAGAGGACAGCGUGAGCCUUACGUGGCUCCCACCGGCAUAUGAAGGUGGUAGUCCCAUCACAAAUUACAUCAUCCAGAAGAGAGAGACAACCACAGCCAACUGGAUGGAUGUAUCUUCUGCUGUGGCCCGCUGCACCAUGAAGAUCAUGAAGCUGACCACGGGCCUGGAGUACCAGUUCAGAAUCAGAGCUGAGAACAGAUAUGGAAUUAGCGAGCACCUCGACUCACCAACUGUUGCUGUCAACCUUCCUUACACUAUUUCUGAAGCUCCAUCAACUCCAGAGAUUACUGCUGUAACCAGGGAGAGCAUCACUGUAGCCUGGAAGGAGCCUAAGUCAGAUGGUGGCAGCCAUGUGUUUGGUUACCAUCUCCAGAUGAAAGACAAGAACAGCAUACUUUGGCAGAGAGUCAACAAAAUGGUGAUCCGUGCUACACACUUCAAGGUCACCAGCAUCAGUCCUGGACUUAUUUAUGAGUUCAAGGUUGCAGCAGAGAACGCUGCUGGAAUCAGUGCCUUUAGCAAAGUUUCUGAUGCAGUGCUGGCUAUUGAUGCCUGUGAACCACCGGUCAAUUUGCGCAUUAGCGACAUCACCAAGAACUCCAUAAGUCUGGCCUGGGAAAAGCCUAGCUAUGACGGAGGAUCCUCAAUCACUGGUUACAUCAUUGAGAAGAGAGAGGGUGUUAGUGCUAAGUGGUCCAAGGCUAACAUCACCAAUGUCACAGACACCCGCUUUGCUGUGACUGGCCUAAUCCAGGACGAGUCAUAUGAGUUUAGAGUCAUGGCCAAAAAUGCUGUUGGCUCAGUGAGCAACCCAUCUAUGACUGCUGGGCCAGCCAGAUGCGUGGACACCUAUGGUGCCCCAGAGAUUGACAUACCUCAAGAAUACUUCAGCGAGGUCAAGUACUUGGCUGAGUCUAAUGUGGAGCUCAAGUUCAAUAUCAAAGCCAAACCUGCUCCUACAAUUGAGUGGUUUAAGGAUGGCAGAGAGCUUGAGCCUACUGCCCAGCUCACUUUCAAACACACAUUCGAGUCCACCAGUUUGUUCCUGAGGGAAACCACUCGUCUGAACUCUGGAACAUAUGAGGUCAAGGUGAAGAACUCCCUGGGAUCUGCAUGUGCCAUUGUCAGGCUGCUCAUUCAAGACAAGCCAGGCCCUCCUGCUGGAGAGAUUCAGUUUAAGAAGGUCACAGCCAGCAACAUCACCAUCAUGUGGUCCCCGCCUGCUGAUGAGGGUGGUGCCAUGGUAACGCAUUAUAUUGUGGAAAAGAGGGAGACCAGCAGGGUCAUGUGGUCCGUUGUCUCAGAGAAAAUGGUCGACUGCAUUGUUAACGUGCCCAGACUCAUCCAGGGCAAUGAGUACAUCUUCAGAGUUCGUGGAGUCAACAAGUAUGGCAUCGGAGACCCACUGGAGUCUGAACCCAUAAUUGCAAAGAACGCAUUCAUUCCUCCUAGUGAGCCAUCCAAGCCUAAAGUGACCAUGAUCACCAAGUCCACUAUGACAGUGAUCUGGGAAAGACCAGCACUGGAUGGAGGCAGUGACAUUGAUGGCUACUACCUAGAGAAGAGGGAGAAGAAGAGUCUGCAGUGGUUCAAGGUGGUGAAGGGCACCAUCAGAGACACAAGGCAGAAAGUCACCAACCUGGUGGAGAACAAUGAGUACCAAUACAGAGUUUGUGCUGUUAACAAGGCUGGAGCAGGAAAGUACUCUGAGGCCUCUGAUCUCUACAAGGCCUACGACCCCAUCGAUCUGCCUGGAGAGCCAUCCAAGCUGCGUGUAGUCGACUCUACAAAGACCUCCAUUACCCUUGGCUGGGAAAAGCCUGUCUAUGAUGGUGGCAGUGAAAUCACACACUACAUUUUAGACCAGAUGAAUGCAGAGGACAAAGAAUGGGUGACCAUCAACCCACGGGUCACAACCUGUGAGUAUGUGGUGUCUCACCUCAAACCUGGAACCUACUACUUCUUCAGAGUCUCUGCUGUCAACUGCAAGGGCAAAGGAGAAGACAUCAAGAUGUAUCAGCCUGUGCAAGCCAAGGAUAUCUUGGAGGAGGCUGAUUUGGACUUGGAUGUUCCCAUGACAACCCAGUACACAGCCAGGGCCGGCCGUGACGUAGAAGUGUUUAUUCCCCUGAAGGGACGCCCCACCCCCAACGUCACCUGGCGCCGUGGCGACCGUAACAUUGCUGGUGACAACCGCUACACCAUCACUAGCACUGAGCGAGCCACCACACUCCUCAUCCCCAAGGUCACCCGCGAUGACCGCGGCAAGUACCUGCUGGAGAUUGAGAAUGGCGUGGGAGAGCCCAAGAUAAUUAUCGUUUCCCUAAAGGUUCUGGACAGUCCAGCCAUCUGCCAGAAACUGAUGGUCAAGAACGUGACAAGGGGAAAGCUGACUCUCAGCUGGGAGGCUCCUCUCAUCGAAGGCGGUUCCUCUGUCACCAAUUACAUUGUUGAGAAGAAGGCUUCCACCAUGAAGGCUUACCAGGUGAUCACUGCCGAGUGUCCUAACACAACUUACAAGGUGACGGGCCUGGAGGAGGAUGUGGCUUACUUCUUCCGUGUAUCUGCUGAAAAUGAGUACGGUGUGGGCGACACCUGCGAAACUGCUGAGCCUGUAAGAGCCACUGAAACUCCUGGAGCAGUUAAAAACCUGGUGAUGGCGGACUCUACAAAGAACUCUGUUACCUUGCAGUGGACUAGACCUGACCAUGAUGGUGGCAGCUACAUCACUGAAUACAUCAUUGAGAAGAGAACCGAAGAAGAUCCCACCUGGACUUUGGGAGCAACAUGCAAGCGUUUAAGCUGCGAGGUGACGGGACUCAAGGAGAACGCUAUCAUGGACUUCAGAGUAAUGGCCAAGAAUGAGAAGGGCAACAGUGACUUUUCCCAGAUUGGACCGAUUGUAGUGAAGGACUUUAUCAUUCCACCCGAGGCCAACCUCAGUGACUACCCCAAUGGAGAGCUUGCUGUUCGUAUUGGUCAGAAUAUCCACAUUGAGUUGCCCUUCAAGGGUAAACCAAGACCUGCCAUUAGCUGGCUAAAGGAUAACAUACCUCUGAAGGAAAGUGAUAAGAUUCGCUUCAGGACCACUGACAACAAGACUGCGAUCACAGUCAGAGGAGUUAAGAAGGAGCAUGCUGGCCAGUACACCUUGGUUCUGGAUAACAGAGUCAUCAAGAACUUCUUUGAUAUUAAUGUGAUCACUCUGGGACCCCCCUCAGUGCCUGUUGGUCCCGUACGCUAUGAUGAGAUUAAAGCCCAAAGUAUCAUCAUUUCCUGGGAUGAGCCGAAGGAGGAUGGAGGUGGUGAGAUCACCUGCUACAGUGUGGAGAAACGUGAGGCUUCCCAGGCUGUAUGGAAGAUGGUCUGCUCCAGUGUUGUCAGGACCACAUUCAAGAUUCCCAACCUUGUCAAGGGAACUCACUACCAGUUCAGAGUCCGUGCAGAGAACAAGUAUGGAGUCAGUGAACCCCUCAUCUCCUCAGACGUUGUUGCCCAGCACCAGUACAAACCACCAGGGCCUCCUGGAAAACCAGUAGCCUUCAACGUCACCAGUGAUGGCAUGACCAUCAAGUGGGAGGCCCCCGGCUUUGACGGAGGAUCACCCAUUAUGGGCUAUCAUAUUGAAAAGAAGGACAGGAAUAGCCUCCUGUGGGAGAAAGUGAACUCCACCAUCAUCUCCAACAGAGAGUACAGGAUAAUUAGUCUCUUGGAGGGUCUGGAGUACUCCUUCAGAGUCUAUGCUGAGAACAACGCCGGACUCAGCCCUGUCAGUGAACAGAGCAAACAUGCACUCGCUAUCUCCCCUGUUGAUCCACCUGGCAACCCUGUCUGCAUCGACACAACAAGAGACUCAGUCACCCUGCAAUGGGACAUUCCCAAGAAGGAUGGUGGCAGCAAAAUUGUGGCCUACAGUGUGGAGAGACGCCAAGGUAGAGGCAAAUGGCUGCGAUGCAACUUCACUGAUAUCUCUGAGACCCAGUUCACCGUAACUGGUCUGGCUCCGGGAGACCGAUUCGAGUUUAGAGUCAUUGCCAGGAAUGCCGUAGGCACGGUCAGUCCACCAUCCAACUCCUCUGGAUAUAUUAUGACCAAGGAUGAGAGCAUUCCUCCAGAUGUCAUAUGGUCUCCAGACCAGGUGCUCACCCUGAGGGCCGGUGAGAACAUUAAGCUCAACUGCAGCAUCACUGGACGUCCCGUCCCCCAGAUUAUCUGGUACAAGGAUGGCAAAGAGAUUGACAAAAGGACCAUGUUUGACAUCGAGAUCACCACCGGCAUUGGCACCAGCAGUGUAUUUGUUCGUGAUGCUGACAGAAACCACCGUGGAAUCUACACCAUAGAGGCCAAGAACAGCUCUGGUACCAGGAAGGCUGAAGUCAACGUCAGAGUACAAGAUACCCCUGGACCUGUUGAGGGUCCCAUCCGUUUCACGGGUAUCACAGCUGAUAAGUGCACCGUUUGGUGGAACCCGCCAGAGAACGAUGGCUGUGCCGCCAUAACCCACUAUGUGGUGGAGAAGAGGGAGACAUCCAGGAUCACCUGGGCCUUGGUCACCUCCAAAUGCGAGGCCUGUUCUUACAAUGCCACCAACCUCAUCAAAGGGAAUGAAUACCAGUUCAGAAUCUCUGCUGUCAACAAGUUUGGUGUUGGCAAACCACUGGACUCUGAUCCCUUCAUUGCACAGAUGCAGUACACUGUGCCUGAUGCCCCAGGUACCCCAGAUGCCACCCAUGUAACUGGAAACAGCAUCACCGUGUGUUGGACCAGACCACGGUCAGAUGGAGGCAAUGAGAUCAAACACUACAUUCUGGAGAGGAGAGAGAAGAAGAGCCUGGUUUGGGUGAAGGUUUCCUCCAAGAGACCCAUCACAGAGCUAAGACACCGUGUCACCAACCUCACUGAGGGCAAUGAGUAUGAGUUCCGCGUAAUGGCUGAAAAUGGCGCUGGCAUCGGACCGGCCAGCAGUACCUCCAGGCUCUUCAAAUGUAGAGAACCAACCAGUGCUCCCAGUAACCCCACAUUAGUCAAGGCCACUGACUCCACCAAGACCUCUGUCAGCCUGACAUGGACCAAGCCAGUCUUCGAUGGCGGUCUGGAAAUAAUUGGCUACAAUAUCGAUAUGUGUAAGGCCAGUCUGGAGGAGUGGCACAGAGUAAACAGCCAGAUUUGCAUCCACACCAGCUACACCGUGAAGGGCUUGGUUCCUGGAGAGUUCUACAAGUUCAGGGUCAGUGCUGUGAAUGGAUGCGGUGAGAGCGAACCUUCAGUGAUGCCCAGCGCUGUUCAAGCUCUGGACAGACUUACACUACCUGAGAUCGACAUUGCUGCCAAAUUCAAGCAGACUCACAUCGUAAAGAAUGGUGGAACAGUUGUCCUCCAUAUUGCCUUCCGUGGAAAGCCAGCUCCUGUUGCCACCUGGUCUAAGGUGGAUGGUGAGCUGCCUGUCAUGGCUGACAUUAACACCACUGAUUCCUCCUCUACACUAACCAUUGAGGGCUGCACUAGGUAUGAAGCUGGCAAAUACACCCUUUCCCUGGAGAACAACAGCGGACAAAAGUCCAUCACAUUCACUGUCAAAGUGCUGGACACUCCCGGGCCUCCAGGAGCUAUCACCUUCAAAGAUGUUACCCGUGGAGCCUUGACAGUUAUGUGGGAUGCCCCCACUAAUGAUGGUGGAUCCCGAAUCCACCACUACAUUGUGGACAAGCGCGAAGCCAGCCGCCUGGCCUGGCAGGAGGUCAGCAGCAAGUCCUCUCGCCAGACACUCAGGGUCACUGGUCUGGAGAUUGGUGUGCCAUAUCUGUUUAGGGUGACUGCUGUUAACCAGUAUGGCCAGGGAGAACCACACGAGAUGACAGAGCCCGUCAUUGCCACAGAAGAACCCGCACCACCCAAGAGACUGGAUGUUGUCGACACCACAAACUCCUCUGCCUCCCUGGUGUGGCUGAAGCCCGAGCAUGAUGGAGGCAGCCGCAUCAGAGGCUACAUUGUUGAAUUCAGAGCUAAAGGCACUGACCGUUGGGUUGUUGGUGGAGAGACCAAAUCCCAGAAGAUGCUAUUGGAGGGUCUGAUUGAGAACACAGAGUAUGACUUCAGAGUCAAGGCCAAGAAUGACGCUGGAAUCAGCGAACCUCAGGGCACAUUCACCUCUGUGGUCAUUAAGGAGCCUCGCAUCGAGCCAACUGCUGACCUCAGCAGCAUCACCAACCAGCUCAUCAUCUGCAAGCUCUCCAACACCUUUACAAUCAACAUCCCCAUCAGUGGCAGGCCUGCACCCAAGAUCACCUGGAAGCUGGAGGAAAUGAAGCUAAAGGAGUCUGACAGAGUUGUCAUCAGAUCCACAAAAGAGGAAACCACUUUGAUGGUGAGAGAUAGCAAGAGAAGCGACAGUGGCAAGUACUACUUGAUCCUGGAGAAUGCUGCUGGUGUGAAGACGUUCACAGUGACAGUGGUUGUUGUUGGCAGACCAAGUCCACCCACAGGCCCUGUGGAGAUUUCUGGAGUCUCCUCAGAGUCCUGCUCUCUGUCCUGGUCCGAGCCAGCUGACGAUGGUGGCUCUGAAAUUACGAACUACAUCGUGGAAAAACGAGAGUCUGGCUCUGCCUCUUGGCAAGUAGUAAACUCCAGUGUGAAGAGAACCACCAUCAAAGUGACUCACCUUACCAAGUAUAUGGAGUACACCUUCAGAGUGUGCGCUGAGAACAAAUUCGGAGUCAGCAAGUCCAUUGAGUCUGCUGCUGUUGUCAUUGAGCAUCCAUAUGUUCCUCCAAGUCCUCCAACUCGCCCAGAUGUGGUGUCUGUAUCUGCUAAUGCCAUCAGCAUCAAAUGGGACCUGCCAUAUGCCGACGGUGGCAGCAAGGUGACAGGCUACUGGAUUGAAAAGAAGGAGAGAAACACCAUCCUGUGGGUGAGGGAGAACAAACUGCCCUGCCUGGAUUGCCAGUACAAGGUGUCCAACCUGAUUGAGGGCCUGGAGUACCAGUUCAGGGUCUACGCCAUGAACAUUGCCGGACUCAGCAAGGCCAGCGAGGCUUCCAGACCUGUGGUGGCACUCAAUCCUGUUGAUCCUCCUGGUAAACCCGAAGUGACCGACAUCACCCGCUCCUCUGUGUCGUUGUGCUGGACCGUGCCAUUCAACGAUGGCGGCAGCAAGAUUGUUGGUUAUGUGGUGGAGAGAAAAGUCUACAGUACGGAUGAGUGGGAUGACAAUCGCUGGCUCAAGUGCAACUACACAACUAUCAGCGAGAACUACUUCACCGUCAGCAACCUGGGAGAGGGAGAGACCUACGAAUACCGCGUCAUUGCCAAGAAUGCUGCCGGUGUCCACAGUGCACCCUCUGAGGUCACUGGACCGGUCACAUGCAAGGAUGAAUACUCUCCUCCAAAAGCUGAGCUGGACAGCAAGCUGGUGGGUGAGACCGUCACCGUCAUGGCCGGCUCCGACCUGGUCCUGGAUGGCACUGUGGGCGGUAAACCAGAACCUACAGUAUACUGGUCGAAGGGCGACAAGAUUUUGGAGCUUGGAGAGAAAUACUCACUGACCUACACUGCCACCAGAGCCAUGGCUGUUAUCAAGAACUGUGACAGAUACGACACAGGCAGAUACAUCCUGACCGUCAAGAACGCCAGUGGAACCAAGACCGCUGCUGUCAGCGUCAAAGUUCUGGACACUCCUGGAGCCCCGGCUGAUAAGCUUGUGAUCAGCAGAGUGACGGAGGAGAAGUGUACAGUGUCCUGGAAGAUCCCUCUGGAGGACGGUGGAGACAGCGUCAGCCAUUACAUCGUGGAGCGUCGCGAGACCAGCCGCCUCAACUGGGUUGCUAUGGAGACUGAGUGCAAGACACUGUCGUGCGUCAGCACCAGGCUAAUCAAGAACAAUGAAUACAUCUUCAGAGUUAGAGGAGUCAACAAGUACGGGCCUGGAGUUCCUCUGGAAUCCGAGCCUGUCAUUGCCAGGAAUGCCUACACCAUCACAUCCCAGCCAGGCACUCCAGAGGCUACAGCAGUCGGCAAGGAGCAUGUCAUCAUUGAGUGGCUGAAGCCCGAGAGUGAUGGAGGCAGCGAGAUCAAAACCUACUUAGUAGACAAACGAGAGAAGAGCAGCACCAGGUGGACUCGGGUGAAUAAGAAUUACACCAUCUAUGACACCCGUCUGAAGAUCUCCGGCUUGCUGGAGGGAAGCGAGUACCAAUUCAGAGUGACAGCUGUCAACGCUGCUGGAGACAGCCAUCCAAGUGACGCCUCGGCAUACAUCCUCUGCAAAGACCCCACAUAUACCCCAGCUCCUCCAUCAGUACCUCGUAUCACUGACACAACCAAGCACAGCAUCAGCAUGACCUGGACCAGGCCCAUGUACGACGGCGGCUCAGACGUCACCGGCUACUUUGUGGAGAUCCUAGAGGAGGGCUCUGAGCAGUGGUACCGUGCCAACGCCAAAGCCAUCAAGAACACAGAGUAUGUGGCUGCCGGCCUGGUAGCCAAUAAGAAGUACAGAUUCAGAGUAGCUGCUGUCAACGACAAAGGCACUGGCGAGUUCAGUGAACCUAGUGCCGAGGUUGAGCCUCUGGAGAAAGUUGAAAUGCCAGACCUGGAGCUGCACGAGGACCUGAAGAAAACGGUGUGUUUGCGCGCUGGAGGAACCCUGCGUUUGAUUGUAUUUGUCUCUGGCCGGCCGUUACCAGUAGUUGCUUGGAGGAAGACAGGUGUGGAGCUGCAGAGCCGCGGCUACAUUGAGACCACCGACAGCUACACCUCACUGAUGGUGGAGAAGGUCAACCGCUACGACUCUGGAAAAUACGUUGUGGAGGCAGAGAACCCAUCUGGCAAGAAAACUGCCACCAUCCUGGUUAAGGUCUACGACACUCCUGGUCCUCCAAGCUCUGUGAACGUGAAGGACUACACCAAGGAGUCUGUCGUGAUCACCUGGGACGUCCCUAGCAUUGACGGUGGUGCUCAUGUCAGCAACUACAUCAUAGAGAAGCGUGAAGCCAACAUGAAGUCAUACAAGACCGUCACCACUGAGUGUAGGAAGACCCUGUUCAGGAUCUCUGGUCUGGAGGAGGGAGUGCACUACUUCUUCAGAGUCUUGCCAGAGAACAUAUAUGGUGUUGGCGAGCCCUGUGAGACAUCCGAGGCUGUGCUGGUGUGCGACGUGCCGUCAGUGCCUCAGAACCUCCAGAUCAUUGAUGUCACCAAGUCCUCAGUCACUCUGCACUGGGAGAAGUCACUAUACGAUGGUGGCAGCAGGCUGUCAGGAUAUAUCAUCGAGGCAUGCAAGGCAGGCUCGGACAGGUGGAGUACCGUCGCAACAGUCAAAGCCUCAGUGACCCAGCACACCAUCCAGUCUCUGACGGAGAACGACCAGUACCUUUUCAGACUGCGAGCCACCAACAGCAGGGGAGCCAGCGAGCCCAUGGACACUGUCACCCCUGUCACCAUCCAGGAUAUCAAGGUGAUGCCCAAGAUCGACAUGACCAGCAUUCCUCAGAAGAUCGUCCAUGUGCACCGUGGCAAACCCAUUGACCUCAACAUCCCCAUAAGGGCCAAACCACAGCCAGUCUGCUCCUGGUUCUUUGGUGGUGUCAAACUGAAGGACACACUGGACCGCAUCAAGAUUGACAGCAACGGAAAAUACACUCACCUCGUCAUCCGUGAGACCACCAUCAACGACACAGGAGACUACACGCUUGAGGUGAAGAAUGCCAUUGGCAUGGCAACCGAGGUCAUCAAGGUCAUCAUUCUGGACAAACCUGGCAUCCCAGUUGGUCCAGUGAAGAUCGAGGAGAAUGACGGCGUAUCGGUCACAAUCAGCUGGGAACCCCCAGAGAAGGACGGUGGUGCCAACGUCAGCGGCUAUGUGGUGGAACAGCGCGAUGCCCACCGCCCAGGCUGGGUCACCAUCUCAGAGUCUGUGACCCGACCCUGCUUCAAGUUCACCAGACUCACUGAGGGAACCGAGUACGUGUUCCGUGUUGCAGCCAUGAAUCGCUUUGGUGUUGGUGGCUUCCUGCAGUCAGAGGUGGUGGAGUGCAAGAGCGAAAAGACCAUCCCUGGACCUCCCAGCAAGCCAGAGGUGCUUGAUGUCACUCACGAGGGCAUGACCCUGACCUGGCAACCACCCGUGGACAAUGGUGGCUCCACCAUUGCCGGCUAUAUCAUUGAGCGUAAGGAGGCCCGUUCUGACAGGUGGCUGAAGAUCAACAAGAACCUUGUCACCAUGACCAGGUACCGCUCCUCUGGCCUGAUUGAGGGCCUGGAGUAUGAACACCGUAUCACUGCCGUCAACUCCAGAGGAGCCGGCAAACCCAGCGAGAGCUCUGCCAUCACUGUUGCCAUGGAUCCCAUUGAGCCUCCAGGUCCUCCAAUUCAGCCCAGAGUCACCGACACCACCAGGUCUUCAGUAUCUCUGGCCUGGCUCCCACCCGAAGAGGAGGGUGGUUCUAUUGUUACUGGGUACUUUAUCGAGAUGCAGAAGGUGGACCAGGUGGAAUGGACGCUGUGCAACACCACGCCCACAAAGAUGUGCGAGUACACCCUCACUCACAUGCCCCAGGGCGCCGAGUACAAGUUCAGGAUCAUUGCCUGCAAUGCUGGUGGUUCUGGGGAGUCCGCUGAGAUUCCUGGAGUGGUUAAAGUCCAGGAGAUGCUUGAUUAUCCCGACUACGUGCUUGAUCGUAAAUACGAGGAGGGCUAUGUGGUGCGGCAGGGCGGAGUCGUUCGUCUGUCUGUGCCCAUCAAGGGUAAACCUAUCCCUACAUGCAAGUGGACCAAGGACGGCCGUGACAUCUCUCAUCGGGCCAUGAUCGCCACCCAUGAUGACAUCACCGAGCUGGUCAUCAAAGAGGCACACAAAGACGACACUGGUACCUAUGACCUGGUGCUGGAGAACAAAUGCGGCAGGAAGGCCGUGUACAUCAAGGUGAAGGUGAUUGGUCGCCCUGAUGCCCCAGAGGGCCCUCUGGAGUUUGAUGACAUUCAGGUCAGAUCAGUGCGGGUCAGCUGGAGGCCACCAUCAGAUGAUGGCGGCUCCGACGUUCUGGGAUACAUUGUGGAAAGAAGGGAGGUACCCAAGGCUGCCUGGUACACAGUCGACUCCAGGGUAACUGAGAGUUCUCUGGUGGUGAAGGGUCUGAAGGAGAAUGUGCAGUACCACUUCAGGGUUUCUGCCGAAAACCAGUUUGGCAUUAGCAGAUCUCUCAAGUCUGAUGAGGCUGUCACACCAAAAACACCACUUUGCGCACCAGAACCUCCCGGCAAUCCACCAGAGAUUAUGGACGUGACCAAGACCACGGUGUCUCUGUCCUGGGCCCGGCCCCGGGAUGAUGGAGGCUCCCGCGUCACGGGAUACUAUGUGGAGAGGAGAGAGGUUUCGACAGAGAAGUGGGUCCGACACAACAAGACCCACAUCACCACCACUAUGUACAAUGUCACCGGCCUCAUCCCUGAUGCUGAGUACAUGUUCAGAGUGGUGGCUCAGAAUGACAUCGGGCAGAGCGAGCCUGGUCCUGCCUCAGAGUCUGUGGUCUGCAAAGAUCCAUUUGACAAACCCAGCCAACCAGGGGAGAUCGACAUCAUCUCCAUCACCAAGGACUCCAUCACCAUCCACUGGCUCAGGCCAGAGCAUGACGGCGGCAAGGAGAUUCUGGGCUACUGGAUUGAGUUCAGGCAGGCUGGAGAAAGUGCCUGGAAAAAAUGUAACAAAGAGCGCUCCAAGGAUCGUCAGUUCACUAUGGGCGGGUUGAUGGAGGCCACCGAGUACGAGUUCAGAAUCUUUGCUGAGAAUGAGACUGGACUGAGCCGACCUCGCCGCACACCCAUGGGCAUCAAGACCAAACUGAGCGUUGGUGAGGCUCCAGCUUUGAAGGAAGAGAUCCAAGAUGUAACCACCAAGCUUGGCGAGUCCGGCACCCUCACCUGUGGCAUCAUUGGAAGACCUCUGCCUGAGAUCAAGUGGUACCGCUACGGUAAAGAGCUGAUCCAGAGCCGUAAGUACAAGAUGAGCUCAGAUGGCCGCAACCACUCCCUGAGCAUCCUGACAGAUGAGCAGGAAGAUGAGGGCCUGUACACCUGCAGGGCCAUCAACGAAGCCGGAGAGAUCGAGACCAGUGGCAAACUGCGCCUGCAGGCGCCACCACAGUUCCACCCUGGCUUCCCUCUGAAGGAGAAGUACUACGCUGGAGCUGGUACCAGCCUCCGUCUCCAUGUUGUCUACAUUGGACGUCCCAUCCCCCAGAUCAUGUGGUUCUAUGGCAAGAAGCCUCUGAACGCAUCUGAGAAUGUAAUUAUUGAAAACACCGAAAGCUACACCCACCUGGUGGUGAGGAACGCCCAGAGGAAGACCAACGCUGGUCGCUACAAGGUGCAGCUCAGCAAUGUAUUUGGAACCAUCGACACUGUGCUCCGUGUUGAAAUCCAAGAUAAACCAUGCGUCCCUGAGGGCCCUGUUAUUGUUGAGGCUCUGCUGAAGAGCUCAGUUGUCAUCAGCUGGAAGACACCCAAGGACGACGGAGGCUCCAUGAUUACCAACUACAUUGUGGAGAAACGCGAGGCCAAAGAAGGCGAGCAGUGGCACCUGGUGUCCUCCUCCGUUUCUGGCACCACAUGCCGUGUCCCCAACCUGACUGAGAAUGCUGGCUACUACUUCAGAGUCUCUGCCCAGAACCAAUAUGGAGUCAGUGAGUCCCUGGAGAUCCCAUCGGUGGUCAUCAUCAAGAGUCCAUUUGAAAAACCUGGCAUCCCACAACAGCCCUUCAUCAUCAGCUCCACCAAAGACUCCUGUGUCGUCUGCUGGAAACCUCCAACCAGCGACGGUGGAGCUAAAAUCAGCGGCUACUACCUGGAGAAACGUGAGAAGAAGCAGAACAAGUGGAUGUCAGUAACCACUAAGAAGAUUGCCGAGACCAGCUUUGAGGUCAAAGCCUUGAUCGAGGGCUUUGAGUAUGAGUUCCGCGUCAAGUGUGAGAACAUGGGCGGUGAGAGCGACUGGAGUGAGAUUUCAGCACCUGUCAUCCCCAAGUCCGACCAGGCUCCUCGUGCUCCUGCGUUCAGGGAGGAGAUCAGGGACAUGACCAUCAAAUACCACAACAAUGCCACCUUUGUCACCAAGGUGAUGGGACAUCCAAAACCUUUGGUGAAAUGGUACCGCAAUGGAAAGGAGAUCCAGGCAGAUGGAGCCAAGAUCAAAGCCCUGGAGUUCAAGGGAGGCUACUACCAGCUGAUCAUCACUGCCGCUGAUGAGAAUGAUGCCGCAGUUUACCAAGUCAGAGCAACCAACCCCUCAGGGUCCAUCUCUACAACGGCCAACCUUGAGGUUGAAGUUCCUGCUAGGAUCCACCUGCCUGAGGAGCUUCAGGGAAUGGGAGCAGUCCAUGCUGUCUGUGGUGAGCGCAUCACCAUCAAGAUCCCCAUCUCUGGCAAGCCUGAGCCAGCAGUCGUUUGGCAGAAGGGUCAGGAGAUCCUCUCCAACUCUCCUCGUUACCAAGUCAUCACCACCAGAUCUUUCACCUCUCUGGUGUUCAUGAAGGGAAUGGAGAGGAAGGAUACUGGCUACUACAUCAUUACAGCAAAGAACAGGUUUGGUACAGACAAGCAAACCAUUGAGGUGAACGUUGCUGACAUACCUGAUGCUCCAAAGGGACUGGUUGUCAGUAACAUUGCUCGGGACUCCAUCACCUUGACCUGGGAACCCCCUGCCAGUGAUGGUGGAAGUGACAUCAUUAGCUACAUUGUGGAGAAGUGUCCCACCACUGCUGACAGGUGGAUCCGAGCUGGACAGACCACUGACUGCAGCAUCACCAUCAUCAAUAUAUUUGGAAAGACCAAGUACCAGUUCCGCGUCAUUGCCGAAAACCAGUUUGGCCUGAGCCAUCCUUCUGAGCCAACUGAGCCCAUCACCACAAAAGAGGACAAGUCUGUGAUUAGGAAUUAUGAUGAGGAAGUGGACGAAGCCAGAGAGGUCACCAAGGAGGAGGCUCUGUUCUACAAGGUGAAGGAGCUGUCCUCCAAGUACAUCAUCUCUGAGGAACUCUCUCGCUGCCAGUUUGGAGUGGUCCACCGCUGCACGGAGAUUGCCACAAAGAAGACCUUCAUGGCCAAGUUCAUCAAGGUCAGAGGAACCGACCGUGAGUUGGUUCUCAGAGAAAUUGAGGCCCUUAACAUAGCAAGGCACAAGAAUAUCAUCUAUCUACAUGAAUACUUUGAAAGCAUGGAGGAGAUUAUCCUCAUCUUUGAGUUCAUUUCUGGAGUUGACAUCUUUGAGCGCCUUGGCACGAGCAACUUCGAGCUGACAGAGCAGGAGAUUGUCCGGUACCUGAGACAAGUCUGCUCUGCCCUCAAGUUCUUGCAUAGCCACAACUUCGGCCACUUUGAUAUCCGCCCAGACAACAUUGUCUACACCACCAGGAAAAGCACCACCAUAAAGAUUAUUGAGAUGGGCCAGGCUAGGCUGUUGGUGCCAGGAGAUAACAUCAGAAUGCUGUUCUCAGCUCCCGAGUACUGUGGCCCUGAGGUCCACCGUCAUGACCUGGUCACAACAGCCACUGAUAUGUGGUCUGUUGGCGUAAUGGCCUACGUUUUGCUUAGUGGCCUUAAUCCAUUUGCGGCAGAGUCCACUACAAAGAUGAUUGAGAACAUCUCCAACUGUGAGUACAUCUUUGACAGUGAAGCAUUCAAGGACAUCAGCUUGGAAGCUAUGGACUUUAUAGACAGACUUUUAGUCAAGGACAUGAAGCUCCGUAUGACAGCCCACGAGGCUCUGGAGCACCCAUGGCUCAAGAUGAAGAUUGAGCAUGUCAGCAACAAGAUCAUUAGGACACUGAGACACAGAAGGUACUACCAGACUCUGGUAAAGAGGGUAGAUACUAUUGUAUCAUCAGCUCGUGUGGCCUACGGUGGCGCCUUCAAGAACCAGAGAGGAUUGGCUGUGGGUAGAGUGAAGAUUGGAACUGAGUACCAUGGCCUCCGCAGUGGUCCAGUCAUGCAUGGUUCAGCUGAAGAAGGUGGCCAUGUCAGAUUUACUUGUAGCAUCACCAACUUUGACAAGAGUACACAGGUGACAUGGUAUCACGGUACCCGUCAGCUACAUGCAAGCGCCAAGUAUGAAAUCACUUACAGCAAUGGUUUUGCCAGCAUCUAUGUAAAGGACAUUGAAGAGAGUGAUGAUGGUGUGUACAGGUGCAAGGUGGUGAGUGACGAUGGAGAGGACAGUGCUUAUGGAGAGCUCUUUGUUGAGACAGUGAGGAGCAUCAGAGAGUACUACCUUAGUCGCACCAUCAAGAAACUGAGGAAGAGAGUCGACAAGACGAAACUCCUGCAGAAACCACCAGAGUUCACUUUGCCUCUCUACAAUCGCUCUGCCUACAUCGGUGAAGAUGUGCGCUUCGGUGUCACCAUUACCGUGCACCCGGAGCCUCAUGUCACAUGGCUCAAGAAUGGAGAGAAAAUCAAGCCAGGUGAAGAUGACACCAAGUACACGUUCACCAGCGAUAAGGGUCUUUACCAGCUGAUGAUCCACAACCUGGACUUAAGUGAUGAUGCAGAAUACACCGUCAUGGCUCACAACAAGUUUGGAGAAGACAGCUGCACAGCUCGUCUCACUGUGACACCUCAUCCUGUAAUGGAGGAAACUAUGAGGCCCAUGUUCAAACGCCUGCUGGCUAAUGUUGAUUGUGUUGAGGGACAUAGCGUCCGCUUCGAGCUCAGAGUCUCAGGAAUCCCCACUCCCACUCUGAAAUGGGAGAAGGACAGUCAUCCACUUCAGUUUGGUCCAAAGGUCGUUGUCAUACAGGAGGACGUUGACCACUAUGUCCUGUACAUCAGAGAUACUCUGCUCGAGGACUCUGGUGUGUACAAGGUGACAGCAACCAACUCUGCUGGCUCUGCAAGCUGCCAGGCUACACUGCAUGUGGACCGCCUCACCUACACCAGGAGAGAGUACAAGAGCGAGGAGGAGAAAUACCUACAUGUACAGAAACAAAUUGAAAAGACCAACAAGAUGGCUCAGCAUAUUGUUGCCACUAAGGAGCUUGUACCUCUAAACCCCACAGCUCAGGAGGCACUUAACUUUGCUGCAGAGAUGUACAAGCCUGCAGUGAGCACCAAGAACGUUGAGGGUGAGUUCGACAUCACAGUUGAGAAGACUGAGACUAAGAGGCUGGAGGAGGAGAGGAGGAUCUUUAUGCCAUAUGAGAUCCCUGAGCCUGUGGUUCAUGAUCCUAGAGCUCUGGAUGAGGACAAAACUAUCAAACAGUUUGUGGCUCUGUCCGACAUGAAGUGGUAUAGAAAACUGAGAGACCAGUAUGAGAUUCCAGAGAGGAUGGAGAGGAUUGUGCAGAAGAGGCAGAGACGUAUUCGCCUGUCCAGGUGGGAGCAGUUCUACGUCAUGCCCCUCCCGAGAAUCACCGACCAGUACAGGCCAAGGUGGCGUAUUCCAAAACUCACUCUGGAUGACUUGGAGACUGUUAGGCCUGCUCGCCGUUCACCUUCUCCUGAAUCUGAGAUCUCUUACAGAUCCAGAAGGAGAUCACUGGGAGAUCUUAGUGACGAGGAGCUGCUGAUGCCUGUGGAUGACUAUCUUUCCAUGAGGAGAACAGAGGAAGAGAAAAUGAUGCUGGAGGAUGAACUGGAGCUUGGCUUUUCUGCCUCUCCUACAGGCAGCCCUGUUCGCGCUGAGCGGCGUGCCGUGGAACGUGAAGAGAGGAGGCAGGAGGUCAGACAUGAGGCUGCUGAGGUUACUGAGACAAAGAAGAAACGCACUAUUUCUCAGUACAUGAGGAGGCGAAGGUCACUGUCUCCCACAUACAUUGAGCUCAUGCGUCCAGUCUCAGAGCUGAUCAGACCAUCACGGGCUAUGCCUGUGGAAGCAGAGGGAGAGGUUGUUGCAAGAAGGUCUCCCACCCCUGAGAGGACCCGUCCCCGCUCUCCCAGCCCCAUCAGGUCUGUUGAAAGGUCAUCCCGCUCCUCCUCCAGGUUUGAGCGGUCUGCCCGCUUCGACAUCAUGUCCCGCUAUGAGGCCAGAAAGGCUGCUAUAAAGGCUGAGAGGAAAUACCAGGUGGUUACCCAGCAGCCUUUCAGUCUGGACCACGCUCCCCGUGUGACUGUUAGGAUGCGCUCUCAUCGUGUACCAAUUGGCCAAGACACGAAAUUCACCCUGAACAUCCAGAGCAAACCAGAGGCCGAGGUCAAGUGGUUCCACAAUGGAACAGAAAUCUCUGAAAGCAGUGAGAAAUAUGUCUUCACCAACAUGAGUGGUGUUUUGUCCAUCACUAUUCUGGACUGCCAUGAGGAGGACAGUGGCACAUACCGCUGUGAAUGCACCAACUCUAGGGGAGAAGCUUCCGACUAUGCCACCCUUGACGUGGCAGGUGGCGGCUACACCACCUUCUCCUCUCGCCGCAGGGAUGAGGAUGUUCUCAAAGGAUAUGUCCCUGAAGUCACUCGAAUUGAUCACUAUCACACCACCCACUUCAAAACUGGCUACGCUACUCAGACCCAUUUUGAGGUUGAAGAGAGCAAGACUAAGCUAACUGAGACACGUGAGGUUUCCACACGUGAGAGAUACGCUGCCUCCUCUGAGAGGUACUCCUCUGCUGAGAGGUACUCCUCUGCUGAGAGGUACUCUUCUGCUGAGAGGCUUGAUUCAUCUGUCAAGUAUGCAUCUGCCGAAUACCUAUCAUCUGAUUCCUCAUACUCAUCUGAAAAGUUUUCUCUGACUGGGAAACACACCGCAACUGAAGCUAAACUGAAGUCGACUUCUGCUGCUGUUGCUGAGGAAGUUACUGUGCUUAAGGUGAAGCCUUCUCUUCCUGCCAGAAUCCUCACCAAGCCCCAGUCUGUGACAGUUGCAGAGGGAGAGACAGCCAGAUUCUCUUGUGAUAUCGACGGGGAGCCUGCACCUACUGUAGUAUGGAUGUACGAGGGCAGAACCAUUGUCUCAAUUCACCGCAUCCAGGUCACCACCACUCAGUACAAGUCCAGCAUGGAGAUCUCCUCUGUGAUGGCCUCUGAUGAGGGCAGUUACACGGUAGUGGUAGAGAACUCAGCAGGCAGGCAAGAGGCUCACUUCACCUUGACCAUCCGCAGACCAGCUCCCAAAGAGGAGGUCAAGGCUGUCAAAUCCCCUGAGCCAUCUGUAAAGUCACCCACUCCCAGUGUGAAGUCACCAGAGCCUUCAGUCAAAUCGCCUACUCCUUCCGUAACCUCCCCUGUCCCGAGCGUCAAGUCCCCUGAGCCUUCAGUUAAAUCACCAGCUCCAAGUGUGAAGUCUCCUGAACCAACGUCUCCUGCUCCCGGUGUGAAGUCACCAACACCAGGUGUGAAGUCACCCACACCAAGUGUGAAAUCUCCUGAACCAGAGGGAAUUAAGUCUCCAAGGAGCAUUAAGUCUCCUGAGCCAGCCGCACCCUCUCCAGCACCCGGUGUCAAAUCACCAGCUCCAGGUGUCAAAUCACCAGCUCCAGGUGUCAAAUCUCCCGAACCUGAGGGAGUGAAGUCACCACGGGGUAUAAAAUCUCCAGAACCCAGACUCAAGUCACCUCCACCACCACUCAAGUCUCCAGAGAGUGUGAAGUCACCGGAGCCCGAGGAAGUAAAAUCACCUCGUGGUGUCAAAUCUCCGGAACCUGCAGGACUCAAAACACCAAAAGGUAUCAAAUCUCCAGAACCUGCGGGAAUCAAAACACCAAAAGGCAUCAAGUCCCCAGAACCUGCAGGCAUCAAAUCACCAAGGGCCUUAAAGUCCCCUGAGCCCGAGGGGAUCAAAUCACCUCCUAGGAUGAAGUCCCCUCCUCCUAGCUUGUCCCCCAAGAGGGUUGUGUCUCCACCCACCGUCAAAUCCCCAACCCCGAAACCUCCCAGGGUCCUGAGUCAGCUAACAGCCGAGGCCAGUGAGGGUUCGGUGAGGAUGUCCUGCGUCUGUGAGAGCAGCGUCAGGGAGGUGGUGUGGUACAUCAACGGGAGGAGGCUUUCACAGAGCAGUCGCUUUGAGAUGCACUACUCUGAGGGCUCCUGCAGCCUCCUGAUCCAUGAUUUGGCAGACAGUGAUCAGGGAGAAUACAUCUGUGAGAUGACAUCAGAGGGAGGAGUAUCCAAAUCCUCCUUCUCAUUCACCGGACAGGUGUUCCAGUCCAUACGCAUGAAGGUCAAAGCCUACCGUGAACAGCAAGUGGCACUUAAAGGAUCAAUGGUGAUGAGUCACAAGGAGUCUUCAUCAGCAGUGAGCUCAGCCAUGAUGAUGAAGAAAGAAAUGCACACGAAGGAGGAGUCAACGUCUUUCUCUUCCUCGUCUUCCGCCCAGCAGGCGAUGAUGUCAUCCAUGAUGGAGUCAAGCUCCAUCAGCAGCAUGGCAGCUGAGAUGAAGUUUGAGACCAUGUCCAUGUCCAGCAUGUCCUCCAUGACAUCAGAGACGUACGCCAUGAGCUCCAGCAGUCUGACUGAGAUGUCUUCACACAUGGAGGGAUCCUCAUUCAGAGCAAUCGGUUCUGCUCCCAGGAUCGAGGCUCUGCCAGAGGACAUCAGCAUCGAGCCAGGCAAAGUCCUCACAGUCACCUGCGCCUUUUCCGGCGAAGCCAAACACAUCGAGUGGUCCCGCAGCGGCAGAAAGAUCGAGGUGACUGCCGGUGGACGCUUCCACAUUGACACCACGGAAGACCUGACCACUCUCAUCAUCACCGGGGUGAAGGAGGAAGACGCUGGAACCUAUACCCUGAAGCUAUCUAAUGAGCUCGGAUCUGACACAGCGACUGUUCACAUCAGCAUUCGAUCAGCAUAAAAGAAAAAGAAAAAAAAAUCUAAUCUUCCUAUCUUCCCCUUUUCCCUACUUCCAUGCCUUUUUAUUUAUUCAUUAAGCAAAAUAAUCGACUUGAUUACGAUCUGGAUUUCUGUUCUUGUAAAUAUGAACUAUUUUUGUACCAAUCUUGACAUUAAUUUAUGCCAAACUAGACUAAAGUCUAAAGGUGUUAUAAAAUGUGCCAUAUUGGAUGACUUAGGAUUUUUGAUCCAUUUUUCUGUGACAUGUACAUAAUGUAUAUAGCCGAAUUUAACGGUUAUGGGAAAUGUAUGCAUUGUUAUUUAUGACAAUAAUAUUAACUGAAACAAAAUGAAACUAAAUGUGGUUUGACAGGAGAAAGUUCCACUUGGAACGAAUACCCUGUUAAACUGAGAAACUAAACUCUGUGCCUCAACGAUAAGUUGAAGUCUAAGAUUGCCUCAACAGGUAGAGAGGCUCCCUGUUGAUGUUAACUCAAUCAGAGACAAAACUAGAAAUGCACUGCGGUGCUGUUGCAUUGUAACUAAAGCGUGAGAUCCUGAGUGCUGUUUGCAGUUACCCUCAUGUAAGCAGGACGACUGGACCUCACGCUCUGACUGAUUAUGUCAUACUGCCAUUUCGAUGACAUGCUCACAGUGCGAGCGGCCUGCACUCCCUGAGCACAAGUGUUUCUUUUUGUUUUGUGCUCUGCUUCUGGCAAAUGACCACUCGCUCGGGCUCUUCAGUCGUACCAUCAACCUGGCCAAUCACAUGAAAGUAGAGUCCCUCCUGUGCUUGUUUGCAGAGGCAGAGCUGUCUCUUGGAGGUCUGCAGUGUGUUUGUGUGUUAGUUUUUAGGCCUGUCAGUCAAGCUGGGCGCCACCAGGCAGCUGAAACCAACCGCCACUGCCUUCAACGAGGACGAGAAGAAGUGUGGUUGCCCUGCACUUUGUUUUGAUUGAAGUUAGAGUUGUAGCAUUGAUUAUUUUCGCAGCCUCCUUGAGUUUUUCUCCAAUUAUUGAUUUAAUAAAGCAUGAUUAUCAGCACUA